AUGGCCACCAAGGUGGAAGUGAGGGUCAACGGGCACCCCGGAGGAGUCCUGGCCGGGGCACGAGAACACGUCCAAGCAGUGACCAGGAACUACAUCACCCACCCGAGACUGAGUGAGUAUUUUCGGGAGGCGUCGGGAAAAAGAAAGGGAAAUCUCUUGCCCGUGCGCACUUCGAAAAGGAUGCUGCGAUUGCUAAGACUUCUCCCAAAAAAAAAAAAAAAAAGCCAUGUCAGUCGAAUCUCCCAGCACCCUUUAAAAACUACAGUUCCCACAAUUAUCUGCAGGAAGGGAUAUGCCUUAGAUGCGCUUCAAAGGUAGGCUGUGGGUCUGCUUAAAAUCUCAAGCGGAGGAGAUCCAGAAGCCUCCCGUUCGCAGGGUCCAGUUCUCCUCCUUGCUGUCUCCAAAACUGCCCAUUUUAUCCCACUUUCCGUGGCUUCCUCCUUCUCCUGGGGGAGAGUGCCUGGGAGGGGAGAAGACCGGGAUGCUGAGGAUAAUGGAAAACAUAUUAUGAAACUGAAGAGGAAGAGUGUGAGAAGCUAGCGCAGGAGAUCUCUCUCUCUUAAACCUAGCUGUCAACUUUUCCCUUUUCUUGCGAGGAAUCCUAUUCGGAAUAAGGGAAUUUCCCUUAAAAAACGGGGAACGUUGACAGCUAUGCUCAAGUCUCAAGCCUGGGUGCCUGGAGACCUGGCAUCCCAUGUGUUCAUAUGUUGCCUGGAGAAUGAGGUGAACAAGAAAUGGCGCCCUCAAUUCCAAACCCUAGGAAAGGUUUUGCACCGUGAGGGGGAGAGGGAGGAUUGGGACUGGGGUCUUCAGAUUAGCCUUGGCGAACUUCUGCCUGGGCAAUACCUUAAAGUAGAGCAGUUCUUUCAGAGUCUGCCUCCGAGGGCCUGAUCCCCAAUUGCACAAGCACGCUGCAGUGUGCAACAUAUUGGUGUGUGUUUGUGUUGCGCUUCUGGGUAUUGCUGAAAAACUCCAGCCAGUAAUAGGUGUUGGUGAUGAGGGUGGCAUGGGUGUAGCCCCUGAAUCUCUCCCCCCCCCCAUCAAGGAAAUAAAUAAAAUUGCAUAACUAACCAGGGUAGGGCUGCCAUACGUUUGCAAAAAAGAAAAAGCUUGACAACUGUGACCAAAAAAAGCUCAAUAACCUUUGUGCCUGGAUUUUCACUUCUAGAAAUAUGGCAACCCUAAGAAAGGCUCUAGCUAAUAAAUCCUAGCUAUGCCCAUAAAAGGCAGUGGUUAUUGUAUCAUUACUCUCAGUGCUUUUUUUCUUUAAAAAAAAUGUUUAGGGGUACUCUCAUUUUGACUCAAGAAAACCACCAUUUUAUAGUUUAAAUUAGGGGAAAUAAAUACAGUAAAUGGACAAAAGUACAAAGAGUCACAAAAUGUUUAGGGAUAUGCGUACCCCUGCGCUCCCCCAGAAAAAAAGCACUGGUUACUCUAAUUUUUAUUUUACACUUAUAUCCCACCUUUCCUCCAAGAAGUGCAAGUUGGCAUAGGUGGUUCUUCCCCUCCCCAUUUAAUCCCAACAGCCCCGUGAGGUAGGUCAGACUGAGAGGCAGUGACUGGCCCAAGGUCACCCUGUGAGCUUCAUAGCCAAGAGGGGAUUCAAACCCUGGUCUCCUUGGUCCUAGUCCAACACUCUAACCACUAGGCCACACUGGCUCCCAUGUGCCUCAUCCAGUUAGAACACAGAUAUUGUUCUGAGUUUUACUCUUUGUGGAUCAAGUGUCCCUGGCUGGGUAGCUUAGGAGUAUUUCUUCUCAAUUCACCUGCCUCCUCAUGCCUCUCUCUGUGUGAAUACGAAACAUGAAAUUAAUAAUAAUAGUAAUAAUAAUAAUAAUAAUAAUCAUCCACCCAUCUGGCUGGGCUGCCUCAGCCACUCUCUCCUGUUUGAAGAAACCAGCUCCAUACAUGUGAGAACAGGGACCUAAGUCUGCAACACUGGACUUAUAAUAUAUUUGUGGGGUUGGGCUCCCACAAAGUCAAUGAGCAAAGUUGAAGCCCUUCUGGGCGAGGUGGCACCUAUGGUCUGCAAGCACACACAAACACACGCACCUUCGGUAAGGCAAUUCCCCAAUGACCUUGGCUGAGGUGACAGCUUUGGCCUGAAAUCUCCCGGUUGCGGUUCCAGCCUGUCUGCAUCUCAGCGCAGCAGGUCAGAAACAGCUCUGAGCUGCCCCAGCCCAACUUGGUCGGAUGGGCUCUGGCUGGCUCAGAGGGUUUUAUUAUUAACCACAGCAAACAGGCGGAGUCUCCAGUCACAAGGAGGGCUGGUAUUUCCCCCCAGGUCUUGAAGGCGAGCUGGCUGGGGCGUGAGAGGCAGAGCGAGAAACAGAAUAUUGCUGUUGCUGUUAUUUCAGGCACUGUUUGAUUUCCACACAGGUGCUAGGUGCUGUACGUAGCAGAGCCGGCCUGCGCAAGGGCUGGCAUCCCAUUUUGCCUUCCAGCUUUGCCACUGGGGAGAGAGGGGAGAUUCCAACCCCUCCAUCACGACUUUGCAUUGGCUUCUCCUGCAGCAAGGAACCGAUGCAAAGCCCUGCUGCUGGGAAGGGGGGUGGCGCGGGAUCCAGAAAGGAUCUUUCCUUACAAAGUAAUCCAGAAUGCGGCAGCUAGACUGGUGACUGGGAGUGGCCGCCGAGACCAUAUAACACUGGUCUUGAAAGACCUACACUGGCUCCCAGUACGUUUCUGAGCACAAUUCAAAGUGUUGGUGCUGACCUUUCAAGCCCUAAACAGCCUCGUUCCAGUAAACCUGAAGGAGCGUCUCCACCCCCAUUGUUCAGCCCAGACACUGAGGUCCAGCUCUGAGGGCCUUCUGGCGGUUCCCUCCCUGCGAGAAGCGAGGUUACAGUGAACCAGGCAGAGGGCCUUCUCGGUGGUGGCAUCCACCCUGUGGAACGCCCUCCCACCAGAUAUCAAAGAGAAAAAUAACUACCAAACUUUUAGAAGACAUCUGAAGGCAGCCCUGUUUAGGGAAGCUUUUAAUGUUAUUGUAUUUUAGUGUUUUGUUGGAAGCCGCCCAGAGUGGCUGGGGAAACCCAGCCAGAUGGGCGGGGUAUAAAUAAUAAAUUAUUAUUAUUAAGUUUGUGCAGCAGGGUGUUGAAAUGCCUUGAGCUGCCCCUGGUACAUAGUGACAAGCAGAGGUGACAACUCCCCGUGGCCCUUUCAGGGUGCUCCCAGUGGCUCCUGUCUGGUUGCCCAGGAAAUUAUAAAGACAAGGAAAAGUUUCCUACUGUCCUUUUUUAUUUCAGUACUUACAGAGAGAGGCUAUAGAACCCAGCCUCUUGGAUAAUGGCGUUGUCCCGAGUGAAUCUCCACCCACUUCCUCAUUUGUCAUUCUCAGAGCAUGGUUUUUUUGUUGAUCUAAAUGAAAAUCCCAAAGUUGUCUGCGAUAUUUUUCCAAACAGUGCAACCCCAUAGACUUUUUCCUUGUUGAUAAUUUACUUAUUUCUUAAAAUGUAAACUGCUUUGAGGGGUUGAUUCCAUGAUACAAUUCGACAAUUCCGUGUUGGGGUUUUUUUUUUUAACCAUAAAGCAGCGUAUAAAUUUUAUGAAAUGAAUAAUAAACAAACAAGCAGACCAGGGCAGCUGAAAUGAGUGAUGUGUCAAGUUGGGCUUUGCAUUUGGGUUUGUGUACCCCUCCGCUGCGCCCAGUCCGUGUUCUGAGAUUUAACAUCUACUAAGACUGUCAUACAUCUGGAAUUUCCUGAAGAUAGCUGGAUUGCAGCAGUCGGAAACAGUGUCCAGGCAGAAAUCACUGAUGUCCGGGAACAUCUGGAAGUACAGUCAUACAUUGGUUGUCGAAUACCUUGGUAAUCAUAUGUUUUGGCUCCUGAAUGAUCGAAACUUGGAAGUGACUGUUCCGGUUUUUGAAAUUUUUUUGGAAGCUGAACAUCUGACGGGGCUUCUGCGGCCUUCCGAUUGGCUGCAGGUGCUUCCUGCAGCCAAUCAGAAGCUGCGUUUUGGUUUCUGAACGCUUUGGAAGUCGAACGGACUUCUGAACAGAUUCCAUUUGACUUCCAAGGUACGACUGUAUGGCAACCCAUGUCAUACUCAACAACUUUUGUGUUUGGAUUUUCGCUUUUUGAAAUAUGGAAACCCUAAUCCAGGAGUUGGCUAGGUUUACCUUGUCUGGGCCGGAUAGGUCGCGCAGAGAUCAUGAGCGUGCGCGCCUGUAGUUUUGGGUGUCUGUGCAUGCGCACCCAUGAUUUUUGGCAUCUGCAUCUGUGCAGACGCGAUCUUUGGCACCAUGUGAGUCCACAUGCUGCGCCGGUUUAGCGCAGUGCGCGAGCAAGCAGCUCUGUUCGGGGGGGCUCGUGGGCCGGUCCAACGACCUCCGCAGGCCACUUCUGGCCCAUGGGCCAUAGGUUGCUGACCCCUGCCCUAAUCUAAGGUAAAGGUAAAGGGACCCCUGACCAUUAGGUCCAGUUGUGGCCGACUCUGGGAUUGUGGCACUCAUCUUGCUUUAUUGGCCAAGGGAGCCAGUGUACAGCUUCCGGGUCAUGUGGCCAGCAUGACUAAGCCGCUUCUGGCGAACCAGAGCAGCGCACGGAAACGCCGUUUACCUUCCCGCCGGAGCGGUACCUAUUUAUCUAGUUGCACUUUGACAUGCUUUUGAACUGCUAGAUGGGCAGGAGGAGGGACCAAGCAACGGGAGCUCACCCCGUCGCGGGGAUUCGAACCGCCGACCUUCUGAUCGGCAAGUCCUAGGCUCUGUGGUUUAACCCACAGCGCCACCCGCGCCCCUGCCCUAAUCUAAACACCCUUAAUUUCUAUGAUCUGAAGCAUGCACAGCAGAUGGGCGACAACUCUAGCAGGAGCAAAGGCUAACCCACAGAGAGGGGGUGGGAUGAACCAGGAACGCUGGGAGUUAUAGGAGAUUGUGUUCCCGGCAAAAGGGCAGAGUUUAUAGGUGUGUAGGGAAGGAAGUGUGCAUAGGCUUCUUCUCCCUGGGCGCAGGCGCGGAUCGUGCAUGGGUGAGCUGAAGAACAUUCCCCCCUCCCUCUCCAUUCCCCCUAACCCCGGAGACCCGUCUUCUGCCAGGCGUGAAGGCACACACUGUUCUUAAUGGGUGCAGCCACGGCAGGGUCAGGGGGUUACGACUGUGUCAGAAUGUGUCUUUCCAAUUGAAGCCCCCUUCCCUUCAAGGGCAGGCAUUCACACCAGCGUAAAGGAGGAGGAGGAAGAGCGGCAAGGGGCACCCGGGAGAGCGCAAAGGCCCAGGAGGUCAAAUCUGGGCUGGCAGAAGAGACACAGCCAGACCUUGCCAAAAAACAAACACCUUCGCGUUUAGUCGUCCCAUCUCCCCAGAACCACCAAAAGCGGAGGGCAACAUUGGCACCCUCGAUGUGCAUGGAGGACGUAGGUGCCACCUCCCUGGGUGCCUGAGCACCCCCAAAAUUCCCCAUGAAGGGGCCGGGCACUCACACAUUUUGGCGCUAGGGCUAUGCACACGCACAACCCGGGCACCCCCCAGUCACGCACUCCUAGUGGAGGAUGAGAGGGAUGGUAUUCAGAAUUCCAGCAAAGUUUAGAGAGCUGGUUUCACAACUUCUCCCCCACAGACGCCCACUUAACUGCAUUGAUCAGCAGAACUGGCCCAGGGCCACAUGAUACCUGUUCCACAUUUUUAAGAACAUCAACUUCUAAUGUGGGAGCACCUGCACUUUGGAACUCCCUGCCUAUUGAAAUCAAACAGGCAUCUUCUUGGCAGUCUUUUCAGUACCUGCUGAAAGCAUUUUUGUUUAGACAUGCCCACCCAGAAGUUUAGAGAGAUGAUGCGAGUUUUUCCUUUUUGAAUAUUUUAAAUUGUUGCUUUCAGCUGGUUUUACGGAUCGUUUUGCUCUUCUUUUCUUUCUAUAAGCUGCCUUGAGGUUUUUCGUUUCGCAAUCAGGCGGUAGAUAAAUUUUAUGAAAUAAAUAGAUAGAACAAGCAAUUUAAGAGAAGUGUAAGAGCAAAAAGCAGAACUUAAAAUCAGAAAAACAAAACAUUAAAAUAACUAGCAUACAGCAUUCGCUGUAUGUUCUCCAUGAGAUUUUACAGAUAACAGUAAUAAUUAUGACUUGCUCAAAAAAGAGAAAAAAAUCUUAAUUCCAUGUCCAGAUUAUAAUAAUAAUAAUAAUAAUAAUAAUAAUAAUAAUAAUAAUAUCCCACCUUUCCCCCAGAACUGGGAUUUGAGGCAUACAACACAGAAAGCUAAAGUCAUAUAAAAGAUAAUAGUUACAUAGUAAUUAAACAAUAAUGGAAUUAAAACAGUGCAACUCCCCACAAAAUAAUCUAUUACAAUACAGAUAGUAAAAACAAUGAAGCAUUAUUACAAGUCCUUUAUUUGAAACCAGUCAGCCCCCCCAAAGCCUGUCGGAAAAAGAAAGUCCAGCAAAUGAACAGCAAGGAAGGAGCCCGUCGAAGUUCUCUCAGGAGAGAGUGCCAAAGUUGUCUGGGAGGAGCCACCACUGAGAAGACCCCCUUCUGCGUCACCACUUAGGGAAAGGGCCACUCUUAAAGAUCUCAAAACCUAGGCAGGUUCGUACGAGGAAUACUGUAUUUCAAAUAGCCUGGACGGACACGGGUGGCGCUGUGGGUUAAACCACAGAGCCUAGGACUUGCGGAUCAGAAGGUCGGCAGUUUGAAUCCCCGUGACGGGGUGAGCUCCCAUUGCUCAGUCCCUGCUCCUGCCGACCUAGCAGUUCGAAAGCACGUCAAAGUGCAAGUAGAUAAAUAGGUACCACUCCGGCAGGAAGGUAAACGGCAUUUCCGUGCGCUGCUCUGGUUCGCCAGAAGCGGCUUAGUCAUGCUGGCCACAUGACCCGGAAGCUGUACGCCGGCUCCCUUGGCCAAUAAAGCGAGAUGAGUGCUGCAACCCAGAGUCGGCCAUGACUGGACCUAAUGGUCAGGGGUCCCUUUACCUUUACCUUUACCUUUAAGCCAUAUAGGGUAUUAUAAUUCAGUGAUUCCCAAUUAGGAGUCCCAGGAACGCACCCAGGGGGUCUGCGGCCCCAUUCCUUGCCUUCCCCACCAACUGAUUUUCUGUAUUUUUGCACAGUAAUAUAUAUAAAAAAUUAUGGUCUGUUCUGUUUUUUUAGUAUACCUAAAACCAUUUGCUUAUUAGGGGCUACCCCACAUUUUCUUCCAAAAAAAUGCUUUGCAGAGAUAACUACCAUAGAGUUAUCAAACUUUUCAAAAGUAGGGGGUCUGUGGCUUGGCUUUUGAAAAAUAGGGGCUUCCUCAGUAAUUAACUAAUUGGGAACCACUGUUACGGGUCAUAACCUAGGGUUGCCGUAUUUCAAAAGGUGAAAACCCAGAUGCAAAAGUUGUUUAGCUUUUUUUUUGGCAAAGCUGUUGAGCUAUGCAAAGUUGUUGAGCUAUUAUAUCUAGAGAGCACCAUGGAAUUGCCUAUAGAACAGAACCAAAAAAAAAAAAAGCAGCAGCAAAAAAUAUGCCAUUAAAAAUUAUCCCAACCUGUCCAAUGCCUGGGGUAAGAUAUACGUUUAUACCUGGCACUGAAAAGAUUUAAAAAAAAAAAAAAGCUUUUUAGUGGCUUUUAUAUAUAGGAUCCUAGGAGUUAUUUAAAUGAGACAAAUAAACAGACCAAUUCUUCUAUGUCAUUUGAACAUCACAAAAAUAGCACGAUCAAUUUGCAGUGAUAUCUACAACGUAACGGUUCCUUAUUAGCGGUCAGUGUACAAAUUCUUGGUUCGUGGAAAUGGUCUAAAGGAAAGCGAUAACAGUAACAAAGGAGAAGCAGGCUACAGCAGCGAGUUCCGCAGAUGAACUAUUAUUUAUUUAUUGAAUUUAUACGCCGCCCUAUAUCCGGAGGUCUCAGGGCGGUGCACAGAAGUAGGCGUUUGCAUGAAAAAUUCCUUUUUUAUACCUAACUCUCCCAACGUUUCCUCGGAGCUAAGUGCUGGGGGAAGGGGCCCCAAUCCAUCACCCGCAUCCACCUCCCGCAGCUCAAUGUCCGGAGGAAAGUUUGGCAUCCCUGGAUGAGCGCAGCAAAUUGUUUAUUGCAUUAAUUUUUGGGGGGAAAGCUGGGAUCUUCCUCUCUCUCUCUUUUUUGGCAGUCCAGCACAUUUCGGUUCACGCUCGGGUAGAGCGGUCAUUCUUUGCAACCUCCCCACCCCCCUCCUCCAAAAAAAAAGGGGGGGGAUACCCCGUAGAGUCACAUGACCGUGCAGGUGUGUAUGGGAACCCUCUGCUGCGGGGUCCUAAUUAGUGGCAUAAUGUGCAGCCCCCCCGCUGGGCCUUUCACAAGCUCCGCUCGGCUGGGACGGGCCGAUGUGUUUGACAGCGCUGCGCGAAGUGACACAUCGCACAAUGAGCAGGUUGCGCCAGGGAGGGAGGCGGAAGAAAAGCGGAGCCACUAGGGACCAUCGGGAAAGUUUUGGACGGCGAGCCGGGAAGGAUGGAGAUGUCGGUGGCGGUGAUGGAGCACCCGCUUUGCAAGCGCAGAAGUUCCUGGGUUCAAUCCCGCGCGGUGGCAACUCAGAGAGCUGCCAGUCAGAGUAGGCGGUUCUGAGCUGCAUAUGGACCAACUCUUUUAAUAAUACUAAUAUUUUAUUUAAUAAUAAUAUUUUAUUUAAUAAUAAUAUUUUAUAGUUAAAGCUAUGGUUUUCCCGGGACGCGGGCAGCACUGUAGGUUAAACCACAGAGCCUAGGACUUGCUGAUCAGAAGGUCAGUGGUUCGAAUCCCCGCGACAGGGUGAGCUCCCAUUGUUCAGUCCCUGCUCCUGCCAACCUAGCAGUUUGAAAGCAAGUCAAAGUGCAAGUAGAUAAAUAGGUACCACUCCAGCGGCGAGGUAAACGGCGCUUCUGUGCGCUGCUCUGGUUCACCAGAAGCGGCUUAGUCAUGCUGGCCAUAUGACCCGGAAGCUGUACGCCGGCUCCCUCAGCCAGUAAAGCAAGAUGAGCGCCGCAACCCCAGAGUUUGUCACGACUGGACCUAAUGGUCAGGGGUCCUUUACCUUUUAUGGUUUUCCCAGUACAGUGAUACCUCGGGUUAACAACUUAAUUCGUUCUGGAGGUCUUAACCUGAAACUGUUCUUAACCUGAAGCACCACUUUAGCUAAUGGGGCCUCCUGCUGCCACCGCAUGAUUUCUGUUCUCAUCCUGAAGCAAAGUUCUUAACCCAAGGUACUAUUUCUGGGUUAGCGGAUUCUGUAACCUGAAGCGUAUGUAACCUGAAGCAUAUGUAACCCGAGGUACUACUGUAGUGAUGUAUGGAAGUGAGAGCUGGACCAUAAAGAAGGCUGAUCGCCAAAGAAUUGAUGCUUUUGAAUUCUGGUGCUGGAGGAGACUCUUGAGAGUCCCAUGGACUGCAAGACGAUCAAACCGAUCCAUUCUGAAGGAAGUCAGCCCUGAGUGUUCACUGGAAGGACAGAUCCUGAAGCUGAGGCUCCAAGACUUUGGCCACCUCAUGAGAAGAGAAGACUCCCUGGAAAAGACCCUGAUGUUGGGAAAGAUGGAGGGCACAAGGAGAAGGGACGACAGAGGACGUGAUGGUGGGACAGUGUUCUCGAAGCUACCAGCAUGAGUUUGACCAAACUGUGGGAGGCAGUGGAAGACAGAAGUCCCUGGUGUGCUCUGGUCCAUGGGGUCACGAAGAGUUGGACACGACUAAAUGACUAAACAACAAGAACAACAACAAGCUUGAAGCGCCCGUUUGCUAAAAGACAGUAAAAUACAAUAUUAAAGCAGCUGACAGGGAAAAUGAGUAAUGAAAGCCACUAAGGGCUUUAGAUGCAUGGGAAGCAUGGGAAGAGCAAGGAGAAUGCAGGUUGGAUGGCUGACUAUCAUGGAUGCUUCAGCUGAGAUUCCUGCAUUGAAGGGGGUUGGACUUGAUAUCCCUUGGGGGUCCCUUCCAACUCCACAGUUCUUUGAUUCUAUGACUUAUUAGGUGACUGACAAUAGGAAAGGCCACUCACCACCUACCUAGCAUCUGAAGUUGGGGUGCCUGGGGAAGGAAGGAGGGUCCUUAAGAGAUUAACAUAAGAGGCUUGAUUUAAUUGUUGGCUUGCAAUGGAGACAACUUUUCAGACCAUCACUCAAAGCAACAGGAAAUCCCCAAAGCGUCAGACCUCAAGGAUAAAGAUGCAGAAACAACGUGAAAAUACCAUGCGGGCGAUCAAAUAGUCACCAGGCAGCAAGGACCCUUUUGGGUUUCUCCCCAAUAGGUCUUCUCAUUGAAGGCAGCAACAUGCACCCCAGUGCCAGAGGGGGCAGGAUUCUGCCCCCAAGCCCACUGGAAGAGAUGCAAUUCAUACAUAUAGGAGGAAACCCAAGGGUGUAUUCAGGGAUACAGCUGGAAGAAGAGUUAAACUCCUGUGGAUCCUCACGCAGGCCUCAAUUCUGGGCUGGAUGGAGAGUAGCUCUUGAUGCAACUCGUUUAUUUAUUUGUUCAACACAGUUUUAUAAUGCUUUCCCAAAGUAAUUGUGUGUAUGUACACACACACACAGAGAGAGAGAGAGAGAGAGAGAGAGCACGCAAUAAUCAAUAAGUAACUUCUUCCAUAUGUCAGUUACGACUAAACUUAAAUGCAUGGGCUAAUAAUAAUAAUAAUAAUAAUAAUAAUAAUAAUAAUAAUAACAGCCCAUCCAUCUGGUUGGGUUGCCUCAGCAAGCCCUUAAGUUUCUUUUUUCUUUUUUUCCUUUUUUAAAUUUGUCUCUAUUGAUUUAAAAUAUCAUCUUACAUAUAUAUUACAAAUAGUUACAUCAAAAUUAAGCACAAAAAAUCUAUUAAGAAAAAAGAUAAAUAAAAUAAAAAUAAAAUGCAAAGAAAAGUUAACAAUAAGAAAUGAAUAUUGGUUAUAACAUCCUGUCUUUUCUAAUGAAGUCUUCUGAAAGAAACUUCCAAUCAUUCUCGUUGUACUUUUUCUAUUGUCUUAAUUUUAUCGCACGGUUUGUUUUAUAACUUUUCCUGUAUAUUUAUCUAGUAUAUUUAUUCCAUUUGUUUAUUAUAUACAAGUAUCAUUCAGUUCUGCUAGGAUAAUGUCAUUUUUACAAUAUAAUCUUAUAUAUUCUUUGAAUAGUCUCCAUUCUCUGAAUAUUUUUUGAUUUGGGGCUCCUCUGACUUUUCCGGUCAGCUUUGCUAAUUGAAAGUACUCUAGCAUGAGUGAUUGCCAAUCUAUGAUUGUAGGUGUUGUUUCACAUUUCCAACUUCUGGCUAUCAGUAUUCUUGCAGCCAUAACUGAAUACAGGCCCUUAAGUUUCUAAGUUUCAUCAGGACAGAAUAGUGCCAGGAUCAGGUAGUAAAACUGUUCCUGGGCUGCAGGGCCCUUUAAGAACACCAGAAGGCUGGAUCCAGUCAAUGGCCCAUACUUAGCCCAGCAUCCUGUUCUUGCAGUGGCCAACCUGAUGCUAUAAAUUUGUCUAAUCCUCUUUUCAAGCCAUCUAGGUCACUGCACUCAGUGGCAGGGAGUUCCAUAGUUGAAUGCAACUCUGUGUGAAUAAUAAAUCCUUUCCUUUAUCUGUCCUAAAUCUUCCAACCUUCAGCUUCAUUGAAUGUCCACAAGUUCUAGCAUUAGGACAGGAAUAGAAACACUUUUCUCUUGCCAUUCUCCUUCUAUGCCAUGCGUAAUUUCACAAAUUUAUAGCAUCUUGCCUCUUCGAAACAGAGAGGCCCCUGAACAGCCUUGCUCCAAGAAAUAAGUCGUAGGGUUGCCAUAUUUCAAAAAGUGAAAGUCCAGACACAAAAGAUGUUGAACUUUUCUUUUUGGGCCAAAGUUGUUGAGUUUUGCUUGCAAAAUCUCCCCAUCCCCCCCCCCCCCGAAAAAGAGAAAGAAAAUGUUUUUGAGCAAAUUUUAAGGAAAUUCACCAAAACCGACCUUUCUGACGUGGGUUUCCAUACGUCCGGAUUUCUCCAAACAUUUAAGUGAUUUCCGGACACUGUUUCCAACGGCCAAAUCCCUGCAAUGUCUGGGAAAUUCCAGACACAUGGCAAGCCUAAAUAAGAACCACGCAAAGAGGUGGCCAAGACCCUCCUAGAGACACUCCUGUCCUCCUGCCUCUGAGUAAAUGAAACCUCCGCAGGCUGAAUACCAGCUAAUUCAUGGCGAAGGCUGCAAGGCCGUUCAGCAUAAGCAUCUCGGGUUCCGAGCAGAUGAAGUGUCCUUAAGCCCCCUUGAAAUCCAUGGUGCUUAAGUGCAUUUGUAUCAUUCUCAAGAAGCAGCGUUGACAGAAAACAUCCCCUCCAACUUUGGGCAGGAGAGACGACGGUGCUUGUUUUGCUCUCGGUAGACAAGGGUGUUCCAAUAUGGUAGCGACUAAAGGAGAGCAGUCGGGAAAGAAGCGCAGAACAGCCAUUUUUGUGGGAUGCCCAAAGUACAGAAGGACAAACCUGUCCAUUCUGGUUGCCUUAAUUUUUUUCACAAUCAUCAAUUCGGCUCUCCACACUUUCACAUCAGUUUAUGAAUUCAAUCAUCCCUGACGCAGAUCAACACUAUGAAUUUUCUCACGCACAAACAUUUUUGUACACAGUCUUGCACAGUGUAGACAUUUUUGCAAGGCUGUUUCCCCUCCUUUACCAAUAUAAGCAGUUAUAUGCACACUAAUAGCUGCAUUUUUGUCUACGGUGCAUUAUAGACAUUAUAGACAUUAAUUUGAAAAUGAAUGAUUUUAGAGUGUUGUUUGUGCUGUACUUUUGUACUGUUUUAUUGUUGUUAGCCGCCCUGAGCCCAGCUUCAGCUGGGGAGGGCGGGAUAUAAAUAAAAUUUAUUAUUAUUAAUAUUAUUAUUAUUAGUCAGACAGGGAAUUGCAUUGCAAAAUUCAAGAAAGCGCGAAUUUUGCAGGAUGGCUGAAUUUCAGGUUUCUGGAAGAGCAAAUUUGGUUUCUGGAAGAGCAAAUUUGGUUGGUUCUCCUUUAAGAACUGAACUUCUCCACUGAUUCAGAAAGUGCAUUGAUCUACCACAAAAUGUCUUGCGCUUUUACUGCCCGUAAAUACUUCACUGCAAAAAAAAAAGAAGGCGAGAGAUCCAGAAUUCAGAAAUUCAGUACGGUUUUGUGACCUGGUUUGCAAUCCAGGCCACCAAAGUCAACCUUUAUUUCCAGCUCCUUAAUCAGCUCAAAAUUUCAGUUGAUUAACUGAAGCCAUUUUAGCACUCCUUUGUUUCACGAGGAGUGAUAGGUUCGAGAGCACCCAAAGAUCACCUGCACGGAAGUUUUGGGGAUAAGCAGAAUUAUUUAAAGUUGACUGAUGUCGUUGUUGUUGUUUAGUCGUUUAGUCGUUUAGUCGUUUAGUCGUUUAGUCGUUUAGUCGUUUAGUCAUGUCCAACUCUUCAUGACCCCAUGGACCAGAGCACGCCAGGCCCUCCUGUCUUCCACUGCCUCCUGCAGUUUGGUCAAACUCAUGCUGGUAGCUUCGAGAACACUGUCCCACCAUCUCGUCUUCUGCUGUCCCCUUCUCCUUGUGCCCUCCAUCUUUCCCAACAUCAGGGUCUUUUCCAGGGAGUCUUCUCUUCUCAUGAGGUGGCCAAAGUCUUGGAGCCUCAGCUUCAGGAUCUGUCCUUCCAGUGAGCACUCAGGGCUGAUUUCCUUCAGAAUGGAUACGUUUGAUCUUCUUGCAUCUUUUUUAAGAUGCUGUCUAGGUUUGUCAUUGCUUUUCUCCCAAGAAGCAGGCAUCUUUUAAUUUCGUGGCUGCUGUCACCACCUGCAGUGAUCAUGGAGCCCAAGAAAGUAAAAUCUCUCACUGCCUCCAUUUCUUCCCCUUCUAUUUGCCAGGAGGUGAUGGGACCAGUGACCAUGAUCUUCGUUUUUUUGAUGUUGAGCUUCAGACAAUAUUUUGCGCUCUCCUCUUUCACCCUCAUUAAAAGGUUCUUUAAUUCCUCCUCACUUUCUGCCAUCAAGGUUGUGUCAUCUGCAUAUCUGAGGUUGUUGAUAUUUCUCCUGGCAAUCUUAAUUCCGGCUUGGGAUUCAUCCAGCCCAGCCUUUCGCAUGAUGAAUUCUGCAUAUAAGUUAAAUAAGCAGGGAGAUGAUAUACAGUUGGUUCAAAAACCAGGCAACGAAUCAUGUAACAGCAUGUUAAAAUCGCCAAGCGGCCUGAAUUAUGUGGCCCUCUCCAGAAAAAAAAGGGGACAAAGAGUCUGGGUGCCACUGCUGAAAGCACAAGGAGAUGUUCUCUGGCCUAGAGGGAAGCUGAACUUUGCAGAGGACCCCUUAGGCUUGUUUGAGAAGGGGGGGACCGACCCAACAGAUGCCGGGGAAGGAGAGGGGGGGCCGGCGGAGUGGAAGCAAUUAGCGACUUGGUGUCAUUGGGCUGGUUGCCCCCUUUGUCAGCACGGUCAAUUUCCUUUGCUCCCUGCUCUGCCCCCCUCGCCUCUCCCUCCCGCCCCAUGGGAGUUAAUCGGACACAAUGGUCAGGGUUAAUUCAGAUUGUCAAAGAUGGGAGCUGUGAAUUUGAGGGAGGAGGAGGGCGGGCAGAGGGCAGCCUCCGGGGGGGGGGGGAGAAAAAACACCCUGCGCACACACACACAUUUUCCUUUUUUAAUUUUUUUCUAUGGCAUCCACAAUUGGGCCCAACAGCUUUGGAGACACCUUUUCCCCUCUCCCCCUGACUCCCUUCACCUCUGCCAAGGAAGCCCACGGCCCACCCACUCUGCAGCCCCCAGGAAGCCUCAAAUCCUCUUUUUCUUUUUUGCAGCGGCUCAAGCCCUUAAUGAUCUGAAUUGGUGCUUUCCGGUGGGGCUGUGGGGGGGUGGGCAUUCUCCCCGCCUCAUUUUCCUGCUUUAAAAUGAAAAAUGGAAAAUCUUCCUUCUGCAAAAUCCAGCCCGGUGGGCAGUUCCAUCUCGCGACUUCGUCUCCCACAGAGAGAGUGGUUCUCCCUCUGCACAUUUGCUGGGCGGGGAUUUGAAUUGGGCCGUGAAGUCCCAUUGCUACGGCUUAUCUGCUUUGGGUUUAUUUGGCCAACACUUAUACACCGCUUGCUUCAAAGAGAGGAAGGGAAAAUAAUAUCCUCCAAGCUGCCUGUCAUUCAUAUCAUUAUUAUAUUUAUUUAUAGCCUGCCUUUUCCCCAGACUCAAGGCGGCUUACGCAAGUUAAAAACAGCUAAAUAAAAUAAAAUGCAAGAAGUUUAAAAACUUAUAAAGGUAAAAGUAAAGGUAACCCUGCCCGUAGGGGCCAGUCUUGCCAGACUCUAGGGUUGUGCGCUCAUCUCACUCUAUAGGCCGGGAGCCAGCACAGUCCGCAGACACUUCCGGGUCAUGUGGCCAGCAUGACAAGCUGCAUCUGGCGAGCCAGCGCAGCACACGGAACGCCGUUUACCUUCCCGCUGGUAAGCGGUCCCUAUUUAUCUACUUGCACCCGGGGGUGCUUUCAAACUGCUAGGUUGGCAGGCGCUGGGACCAAACGACGGGAGCGCACCCCGCCACGGGGAUUCGAACCGCCGACCAUGCGAUUGGCAAGUCCUAGGCGCUGAGGUUUUACCCACAGCGCCACCCGCGUCCUUAAAAACUUAUAGAAGGUAGUAAUUAAAAAAAUAAUUAAAUUCUAAUAGGUAAAGCAAGAUUUUAAAAAACCAAAUCUAUUAAAAUACAGAUAAUAAAAACAGCACAGCACUAUUAUUAUUAUUAUUAAUAUGAAUAGCAUUAAUGUAAUUAAUUAAAUUUGUAUACUGCCCUUCAUCUGUAGAUCAACCUUUUCCUUUAAAUCGCUGUCAGUUCCCAAAGGAAAUUGUCUUCUCCUGCUGGUGGAAAGACAACAAGGAGAUUCAAUUAUAUACAAAUAUUCAAUUAUAUAUAAAACAUGACUGAAAUGCACAAACCAAUUUUUUAAAAAACAAAAAACAAAAUUUGCAUUGUUAAAAAUAUCAGUAAAGCGUUUAAAAGAAGCUUUAAUUAAAUCAUCCUGUCUGGAUAGGCUUCCUGGAACAGGAAAACGUUCAGCCAGUGUCUAAAACAGCAUAACAACAACAACAACAACAAUUUUAUUAUUUGUACCCCACCCAUCAGCCUGGGUUUCCCCAGCCAUUCUGGACGGCUUCGAGCAGAUACAAGAACACAAUAAAACAUCAUUAUAUUAAAAACUUGCCUGUACAGGGCUGCCUUCAGAUGUCUUCUAAAAGUUGUAUAGUUAUUUUUAGGGUUGCCCUACCUUGAAGAGCAAAAAAGAGGGCAGUCUGGGCUGCUGCCUGCCUGAGACAGGGAAAGAGGUGUGCCUUUCCCCCAGCUUAGGCUGGCAGUAGCUGCAGCGUGCAGAGCAUCCCAAGCCCAACCCGCCCCCCCAAAACCUUGACAUUUCCUUUAAAAUGUAAAAAUCUGCCCAGAAUGGCAAGUUGGGCCCCCCCACAAAAGAGGACAUGUCUGGGUUUUCCCAGACGUAUGGCAACCCCAUCUCCUUGACAUCUGAUGGGAGAGUGUUCCACAGGGCAGGUGCCACCACCAAGAAGGUCUUUGAAGACGCUCAAACUCAGGACACAAGGGAGAAACGUGCUAAGAGGAAGGCACACUUGGCAAAUCCACACCAUGAUCAACUCCCGCCUGGAAACCAAUGUCCCCACUGUGGAAGGACGUGUGGGUCCAGAAUUGCCCUCCACAGUCACAUACGGACUCAUUGUUAAAACCGUGUUUAUGGAAGACAAUCUUACUCGGCUAUGAGGGAUCGCCAAAGAAGAAGAAGAAUGCAGGAAUCUCAACUCAGGCAUCAGGUGGCCAUCCAACCUCGUCUUUAAAACCUUCAAGGAAGGAGAAUCCACCCCCCACCCCACCCCAAGGGAGACCGUUCCACUGAGUUGGGUGUGAGCAGGGAAGUGGCAAAUUUUGCAGACGCUCCUAAAUUGCUCAGGGCUGCUAAAACCCAAAGAGAUUGCCAAGGUCUCCAAGAGGUGCUCUCCAAAUGGAGGGCUGUUCUUGUGCCAGAUAGAAAUGGGGGGAAAGAGUUGGGUGGAUCCAUCCCGUCUUUCAUCUCAGGGGUUAAUGAUGAUAACGAUAAUGAUAACGAUAAUAGCCCUGUGUCCCAGAAAUUCCUCUGGCCUCCGAGGACUUUCCGGGGAGGCGCAUUUUCUCGGGCAGCUUCCCCCUCCCCUUCCGUCCGCCCGCGUCUCGCAGCCUCAGCCCCAUUAGGCCUGACACGUACAGCCACCAUUUCUGUAAAGGUCGUAACCUGCUCAGUGGGGCUCGGCCAGGCCAGGUUCCUUGAGCUCACACAUCUGCGCGCUGGAGCCUAGACUGCCCCGCGGAGAGGAGGCCAGAGGCCAGGAGGACGGAGGGACCGGGAGGAUCCCACAUGCACUUUUGGGGUGGCACAUGUUCCCUGGCGCUUUUGGAGGAAGGGCUUUGCUUCUCUCCCUCCCAUAAAUAAACAGAGAGCAUGGCCUCUCUGGAUUAUUAUCUCUAUUUCUAUUUCUGGAAUGCUCUCCCCAGGAAAGUUCGCUGGGCGCCUUCACUAUACACCUUUAGGCACCAGGCAAAAACGUUCCUUUUUAACCAGGCCUUUACCUUGCUUGACUUUAUCUACAUCCUAUACCCUUUUUCAAAUGCUGGCUCUUUUUUGUUGGGGGGGGUGCUAUUGGGGGGGGGGUGUUGUUUGAUUUUGUGUACAGUGGUACCUCGGGUUAAGAACUUAAUUCGUUCUGGAGGUCCGUUCUUAACCUGAAACUGUUCUUAACCUGAAGCACCACUUUAGCUAAUGGGGCCUCCUGCUGCCGCCGCCGCACGAUUUCUGUUCUCAUCCAGAAGCAAAGUUCUUAACCUGAGGUACUAUUUCUGGGUUAGCGGAGUCUGUAACCUGAAGCGUCUGUAACCUGAAGCAUCUGUAACCUGAAGUACCACUGUAUUUUAUAUUUUAUGUGAACCACCCUGAGACCUUCAGGUAUAGGGCAGUAUAGCGUGUGUGUGUGUGUGUGUGUGUGUGUGUAGAUAGAUAGAUGAUAGAGAGAGAUAUAGAUAGAUAUAGAGAGAUGAUAGAUUAGAUAGAUAGAUAGAUAGAUAGAUAGAUAGAUAGAUAGAUAGAUAUCCCAUUUCCCCCGUCCCCUCAAGGCAGGGAGGGCUUACUGCUAAAACAGAAACAACUAAAAGCAGAGAGGCAGCAGGGAAGUCAACAUUAGAAACCAAUUAAGCAUUAAUAGAAUCUAUCUAUCAAUCUAUCUAUCUUGCUAUCAAUCUAUAACCAGUUUGUUUUGUUUUGUUUGGCUUGGGUUGCUUGUUUGUAAGUCACAUUGGGUUGCCUUGGGUAAUAAUAAUAAUAAUAAUAUUAAGUUAUUAUUUAUAUGCCGCCAACCUGACUGGGUUGCCCCGAUGAAUUAAAAACACAGUGAAACAUCGAACCAAAGCGACUAACAAAUUUAAUAGACAAAAUAAGGGUAAUACAGUGGUACCUCUGGAUGCGAACGGGAUCCAUUCCAGAGCUCCGUUUGCAUCCAGAAGCGAACGCAACCCGCGUCCGCGUAUCUGCACGUGCAUGGGUCGCGAUUCACCACUGCUGCGGUGAAUGUGAUUUUGACCGUCUGCACAUGCACGAGCGGCAAAACCCGGAAGCAAUGCGCUCCGUUACUUACUUCCGGGUCACCGCAGCACGCAACCCGAAAAUACUUAUCCAGAAGCUACUUCAACCCAAGGUAUGACUGUAAAUAAACAUCCUCAGCACCGGCCCUCUCCUUAAAGGGCCACAUCCACAUGUGCCCCAUCCUGCGUCCACAUUCCACUGCCACAGAUGCCCCCCGCAACCCCUGCUAUUGGCCAAAUUGCCUAAUGUGUAAUUAACGUGGGAUUAGCACUCUUUAAUGUCCCACCCCCCAACACACACAAAUUCCUCUCUGCACUGAGGAUUCUGGUGACAUCAUUUGCAGUGACAGUGGAGUGACUGGGUGAGAGAUUAGCUGCGCACGCUUCAAAAUGUCACCGUGCGCCUUCUGCUGCGGCAAAUCGAGAGGCGCAGCCUUCGGUUGCAAGAGCCCCAUCGUGGUUGAGCUUGGAAAGUCACCGGAUAGGAAGCAAACGGCGUCAAUAAAUAAGCAAGAGAUCUUGUCUUUUUUUGUGGGGGUUUCCUUCCGGGAACUGGAAGGCGGGCAAAGCUCGGUCAAAACGGGUUUGCUGGCAGCGGUUGUGCCUGUGUGUCAUCUAGAACAGGAGUCAGCAAGACUUGCCGAGCAUGUGCCGGAUCACGCCUGCGGAGAUCCAACGUGGGCCGGACCAGCGCAGCGCGACGCCGGAAAUAGCUUCUGCGCAUGCCCAGACGCCAAAAAUCACGCAUGCGCAAAUGUGAUUUCUGGUGUCUGGGCAUGCGCAGAAGCGAUUUCCAGCGUCUGGGCAUGUGCAAAAGCGAAUUCUAUGAUCUGGGCAUGCACAAAAGCGAUUACCAGUGUCUGGGCAUGCGCAAAUGUGAUUUCUGGUGUCUGGGCAUGAGCAGAAGCGAUUUCCGGCGUCUGGGCAUGCGCAAAAGCAAUUUCUAUCAUCUGAGCAUGCACAAAAGCGAUUACCAGUGUCUGGGCAUGCGCAAAAGCGAUUUCUGGCAUCUGGGCAUGUGCAGAAGUGAUUUCUGGUAUCUGGGCAUGUGCAGAAGUGAUUUCUGGCAUCUGGGCAUGUGCAGAAGUGAUUUCUGGCGUCUGGGCAUGUGCAGAAGUGAUUUCUGGCGUCUGGGCAUGUGCAGAUGCGAUUUCUGGCAUCUGGGCAUGCACAGAAGUGAUUUCUGGCAUCUGGACAUGUGCAGAAGUGAUUUCUGGCGUCUGGGCAUGUGCAGAAGUGAUUUCUGGCGUCUGGGCAUGUGCAGAAGUGAUUUCUGGCAUCUGGGCAUGUGCAGAAGUGAUUUCUGGCGUCUGGACAUGUGCAGAAGUGAUUUCUGGCGUCUGGGCAUGUGCAGAAGUGAUUUCUGGUAUCUGGGCAUGUGCAGAAGUGAUUUCUGGCGUCUGGACAUGUGCAGAAGUGAUUUCUGGCGUCUGGGCAUGUGCAGAAGUGAUUUCUGCCACCUGGGCAUGCGCAGAAGUGAUUUCUGGCGUCUGGGCAUGUGCAGAAGUGAUUUCCGGAGCCACGGAAGAGAGUCCCCAUGCUGCGCCGGUUUAGUGCAGCGCGCAGGGACUCGCCAAGCAGGUGGCUCUGUUCAGGGGCGGCUCGGGGGCCGGUUAAACAGCCUCCAUGGGCCACUUCUGGCCCACGGGCCGCAGGUUGGGGACCCCUGAUCUUGAGGCUGGAGGAAGAAGCAGGCUGGAGGCUGUGAGGGAGAGACAUGCCUGAUUUCUGCUCACAUCCAAGGCCAUUGCGGCGGGAGAAGCAAAACCCUUUUGGGGUGUCAGUGCUGUGAACCCCCCAGGGUGUGUGUGUGUGUGUGUGUGUGUGUGUGUGAAUAAAUCAUAUAUCAUACAGCUGCACAUAUGUGCAGCUUGCAGACUUAACAUAUAGAACAAGAGAACAAGAAGCACAUGUGUUUAGAGAAGAUCGCAAAACGUUUAUUGAAUAUAUGGGGGGAAUUGAGUACACUUGAAAACGCUGGCAGCAUUAAGAUCAAUUCAACAGCGUCAAUAAGUUUUGAUGCAUGCAAUAAAGGAACAAUGAAUGGUUUGGUUUUUGUAAAAUAUGCAGAGGUUUGUGAUAUGCAAAAUGACCCAUGGAAAGAGAAGAAGGGAAGUCAUUGAUAUUUUAAGGAUGUAAAAAUGAGUAUUUUAAAUUGUAAAAUAGAAAAAUUAAUUUAAAAAUGUGUGUGUGUGUGUGUGUGUGUGUGUGUGUGUGUGUAUCAUAUAUCUUACAGAAACCGCAGUCUGCACUUUCCCUCAUUCCAAGGAAACACAAACUUUGCAUAAGCAAAGCAUUUUUGUUGUUAUCUAUAGAUAUAAAUUGCUUUUUAAAUUUUAAUUGUUCAUUUUCACUUUUUACAAAAAUGUUAAACAAUAAAAGCAAAACCUUUACAAAUCUAAUUUACCUUCCCCUCGUCUUCCCUCCCCUCCUUUCUGUAGUUAUUCGUUUCCUAUUUUUUUAUUCCUGCGUAUCGAAUUCAAAUCUAUUAGCCAAUUCCCCCGUAUCUUCCCCUUAAGUAUCUCAUACUGCAGGUGUUUAUAUCAGAAGCGCUAAUAUUUGGAUUUGUUUACCAUGUAACUUCAAAUAAUCAAUACAUUUCCCCCAUUCAAUUUUUAAAAGCCUCUCUGCUUGAUUUCUUAUUCUUUCGGUGAGUCUCGCCAUUUCUUCGUACUCCAUGGAUUUUAGUUGCCAAUCUUCCUUUGUUCCUUCCUUCCAUCUUUGGGCGUAAAUCCUUUGAGCAGCCGUGAAUUAUUUUUUUCUGCUCGCUGAGUACUUCUCCAAGGAUUAUACCCAAAAGAAAAGCUUCUGUUUCUUUUCGUAAAAGUCAUCUUAAUCAUUUUUCUUCAACUCAUUUCCCAGAAAGUGCCAUGUACAUUCAUGCAAAAUGCAAAGCUCCUCUGUCCUCUGAACUUACCUAUACAGUGCUGCUAUAAUAAUAAUAAUAAUAAUAAUAAUAAUAAUAAUAAUAUUUAUACCCCACCCAUCUGGGCAGCUCCCAACAGAAUAUUAAACAGAAUAAAACUUCAAACAUUAAAAGCUUCCCUAAACAGGGCUAUAAUAACAGCCACUCUGAGCGGCUUCCAACAAAAAGAUUAAAAGUACAUUAAAACAUGUCUUCUAAAAGUCAGAUAGUUGUUUAUUUCCUUGAUAUCUGAUGGGAGGAUGUUCCACAGGGCGGGCGCCACUACCAAGAAGGCCCUCUGCCUGGUUCCCUGUAACCUCACUUCUCUCAGGGAGGGAACCGCCAGAAGGCCCUUGGAGCUGGACUUCCAUAGUGCUCAAUGCUUACUUCUUUUUAUUCUCAUAUAAUGCCUCCUUAUUCUGUUGUUUAGUUGUUAUUUAGUCUUUUAGUCAUGUCUGACUCUUCGUGACCCCAUGGACCAGAGCACACCAGGCACUCCUGUCUUCCACUGCCUCCCGCAGUUUGGUCAGACUCAUGUUUGUAGCUUCGAGAACACUGUCCCACCAUCUCGUCCUCUGUCGUCCCCUUCUCCUUGUGCCCUCCAUCGUUCCCAACAUCAGGGUCUUUUCCAGGAAGUCUUCUCUUCUCAUGAGCUGGCCAAAGUCUUGGAGCCUCAGCUUCCCGAUCUGUCCUUCCAGUGAGCACUCAGGGCUGAUUUCCUUCAGAAUGGAGACGUUUGAUCUUCUUGCAGUCCAUGGGACUCUCAAGAGUCUCCUCCAGCAUCAGAAUUCAAAAGCAUCCAUUCUUUGGCGAUCAGCCUUCUUGAUGGUCCAGCUCUCACUUCCAUACAUCACUACUGGGAAAACCAUAGCUUUAACUAUACGAACCUUUCUUGGCAAGGUGAUGUCUCUGCUUUUUAAGAUGCUGUCUAGGUUUGUCAUUGCCUCCUUAUUCUAGUCCUCCUGAAAUUUAUGGUGUCUGACACCAGGGGCGGAGGAAGGGGGUGUGGUGGGGGCAGGUCGCCACAGGUGUCACCACUGAGGGGGAUGAGAAAAUGCUGGGUGGCACUCACCGUGGGGCCAGCAGCACACCCGAGCCACACAUCUCUCCUGGGAGUGACACUGUGGCUUGGGCGCCUGCAGGCUCCGCACUGCCCCAAACAGUUCACCCACCACCUCCCCCCCAGCUGUAGGGUGGCUGAGUGGGAGGAGGCAGGCAGAUUCCUCAGAGGCCCCACGGUGCGUUCUGCCCCAGCUGGCUGUGGGAUGUGAAACACAAGAGCAGUCAAGUACAACAUUCCUAGAAGGAACAUGUUUACACAUGGGGAGGAAUGUUUGUUUAGCUAGCAGGUAAACUUCCUGUUUCCUUCUGGGCUGGUACAGACUUCCUCUGCAUGUGACUAGAGGUGGGCGUGGCCUCACCUGUGCAGGUAACGACAAAAGCACAGGGCAGGGCAGCCAUCUCUCUCCUUUUGACUACAUGCAUCAAAGAAGCAACAUCUGCUUAGACAAAGAUGCUCUCUUGCUUCCAGCCAAGAGAGGACAAAGGCACUGUCUUCUUAUGUGAUAGUUUCCAAGUGUAUGUUACUUUUCUAAACUAAGUCUGCCUUCUGGGAUCUUAUUGUGAACAGAAUGAUGUGUGAGUAAACCUUUUAAAACUUUUAUAGAAAACUGUGUCGUGUCAUAUCUUUUAUGAGGGAAUAAGGGGAAAAUACCAGAAUACAGUUAUUAUAGAGGCUUUAGCGAGCCUGAGCAAAUGCAUCUGCUGCAAGUUUAAAAGGGGGAAUGUUACUCUGCUAAAUUGUGGAACUUGUUAACACAAGUUGGAAAGGCUAUAAUCAGACAAUAUAUCCUCUCCUGCAUUCCUGAAUAUUCCCACACUGGCCCCACCCACAGCUGGCUCAGAGCAGGUGCGCCACCCCAGGUGCCCGAUUGGCUUGCUCCACCGCUGCCUGACACAGCUACUUUUUUUAUUCGCCCCCCAAUCUAUGCAUGUUUUCCUUCCUCUCUGCACGUCCCCAUAAUUCUCUCUUCCUCCACUUUCUCUCCACAGCCUACUGGACCGUGAGUGGCGUGAAUGGACCACUGGUUGUCCUGGACAAUGUUAAGGUACGAGACCAUUGUCUUUCAAAUGCCAUUUGAAAUGCCAUAAAUAUAUGGAUAUGUUAGGGAUGCAGGUGGCGCUGUGGUCUAAACCACUGAGCCUUUUGGGCUUGCCAAUCGGAAGGUCGGUGAUUCGAAUCCCCGCUACAUGGUGAGCUCCCAUUGCUUGGUCCCAGCUCCUGCCAACCUAGCAGUUUGAAAACAUGCCAGUGCAAGUAGAUAAAUAGUUACCACUGUGGCAGGAAGGUAAAUGGCAUUUCCGUGCGCUCUGGUUUCCGUCACGGUAUCCUGUUGCGCCAGAAGCAGUUUAGUCAUGCUGGCCACAUGACCCGGAAAGCUGUCUGUGGACGAACGCCGGCUCCCUCGGAGUGGUACCUAUUUAUCUACUUGCACUUUGACGUGCUUUCAAACUGCUAGGUUGGCAGGAGCAGCGGCCGAGCAAUGGGAGCUCACCCCGUCGUGGGGAUUUGAACUGCCGACCUUCUGAUCGGCAAGUCCUAGGCUCUGUGGUUUAACCCACAGCGCCACCCGUGUCCCCACAGCGCCACCUGCGUCCCAUAUAGCAUAUAUUCAACAACAAAAACCAGCGACAAUUUGUUGUUGAGAAAGGACAGCUGGACAUAGAAAGGGCCCCAUCCUCAUCAAACCUAAAUCCUGCCCUGCGUGGCCCCUAAGUUACUACUGAAAUCCUGCAUUCUUUUAAACCGCAAAUGUUCUGAUUUAAUUUUUGUCCAGCUAUGGAUCACAGGUUUCCCCUCCGGAGGGCAAUAAUGUCAUAACACCAGGAAAGCCUCGCAACACAACUAACAAAGCGGAAUUGCGUGUGGAUGGUGCAGUAUUACCCCACACACACACACACAAAUGCAUCCAUGGCAUGUUGCAGAAAACACACACACACACCCAUCGGUUAAAACCCUACAAGUGCUAAGCUCUGGGGUGUAUAGCUACAGGGGCAACUCUAAGAGCAGAAGAAUUUUCCACUGGGAUAAAGUGGGAAUCUGGCCCCCUUGUCCCCCCUCCCCACCAAAAAAGGAAGCCUGGUUUCUGUAAUGAUCUCAGUCAGGUCUGUUGGACACAAUCUGGGCUUUACCUGUAUUUUAAGAAGGCAAAAAAAACACAUUGGUUUGAAAGAGUGACCUCUAGUGACCAAAGAGAGCCAUGCCUCAUCAAGGGAAGGAAAAGUUGCAUUUUAUUGGGCCAAUGGACUAUUUGAUAAAGCUUAAUUAUUGGGGGGGGGGUAAAAAAUGGGGGGGGGUGUUGCAUAUUUAUCAUCAUCACCACCAUCAAUUUGUAUGUUGCUUUUCCAUGCUCAAAGCAGUUUGAAAAGCUUGCAUAUGAUUCGCAAAUGGUUACAAGACAUAAGAAAUUUUAAAUUCUUCUUUGCAAACCGCUUUGAGGUUUCCUACAAUCAAGUGGCACAUAAAUGUCAUUAAAUGGCUAAUAAAUAAAUAAUUUGUCAUAAACAGCAGGCAAAUGGAAACCUUUAAUUAUAUGGGGUGGUUGCUGGAGUCCACUGGAGAUGCACUAUUUUUGCCAUCUUAUUCUUAAGCUUUAUUAUGAUUUAUCCAUAGACUGCUUAAUGUUAUUGUAUAUUUAUUCACAGAGGAUGUUUUCAUUAGCUUGCUGUUUAAAGCUAUUUAAGCAAUGUGUGAAUCGAAGCAGAGCCAUCCUUCAAAAUUCUCACCUCUCCAGUUUUUUGCAGUUCAUUUCUUCAGCCAAGCAACAUGUACCAUAAUGUCUCUGCAAUGGUAAAGUGUGCAUAUCAACACAUAUUUCCAGAAAUAACAUGCAGAGGUGCAUUAUUUUAGGGUCAAUUGCGCUGCAGAAAUGUGCAUAUUGGGGUGAUUUUAUGCAAAGACGUGUACGUUAGGAGAAAUUUGCACCGAAGUGCUGCUGAAUUUUCAUGAGGAUUUGUUAAAACAAAAAUUCGCGGACGAAUGUGGAAACCAAAAAAUCACAGCUUGGUAGAGUCAGAAGGGACACUGAGGGUCAUCUAGUCCAACCCCCUGGCCCAAGGUGGGGCUCAAACUCCCAACCCUGAGAUUAAGAGACUUCUGCUCUACCGAGUGAGCUAUGUGAAGAGCCGAACGUAGAACUGGGGAAGAAACUGAGAGAAAUCAAAAUCAAUAUAAUUAACCCAUCUUUAUCUCUCAUGGGAGCAGUUUCCAUAGUUUAACAAUGACACUGUGUAAACAAGUAAGUGAGCACAUGCAGAGUCCUGAUUUAUUACUUUAUAAUUACUUAAUUAAUUAAUUCACAUCCCUUCACCGAAAUGCCGCAGGGCAGUUUACGACAUAGUAACAUAAUAAGAGAAACGUACCAUACAAGCAGGUGUAUUCAAUUUAACUUAAAGCAGCUGCAUUAAACUAAAUUUAAGCUGAGUUGCUGUGCCUCACCCUGGGAUCACUUGGAAUGAAGCGUGGACCAGAAAUACAUUAAUAAAUAGCAUAAUAUCCAUAUAAUCACAUGACAUCCAUAAAACACAGGAGAAUUCAAACUGUUAUAUAAAUAUAUUCCAUAAUAAGCAGUGCAUUGUUUUUAGUUUUUAGUUUAUUAAUUACCCACUCUUCACCCGAGCAAUCGAAAAUACAACAUUGAAAGCAAUUCUAAACGCUUACAAGUACAAAAAAUGCAACUGCAAAAAAUCACAUCUAACAAGAAUAGCAAUCACAGCAGUCUGAUAAAAAUAACAGAGGUCCUCCCAGUUGCUUGUUUUUCUGACUUUAAUUCAAAUUUGGGAUUUCUCUAUCCAAUGCUAGACUUCUCUCAAAAUUUCUUCCACUGGAAGAUCUGGGUUCUUGUUUGUCCUGUUACCUCGCUUGCAUGUCAAUCUUUUUGUUUUCUAAUUCAGACAUAGCUCCCCUCCCACCCCAACCCAGGCUUAACUGUUGUUGUUUAGUCAUUUAGUCGUGUCCGACUCUUCGUGACCCCUGGACCAGAGCAUGCCAGGCACUUCUGUCUUCCACUGCCUCCCACAGUUUGGUCAAACUCAUGCUGGUUGCUUCGAGAACACUGUCCCACCAUCUCAUCCUCUGUCGUCCCCUUUUCCUUGUGCCCUCCAUCUUUCCCAGCAUCAGGGUCUUUUCCAGGGAGUCUUCUCUUCUCAUGAGGUGGCCAAAGUAUUGGAGCUUCAGCUGCCGGAUCUGUCCUUCCAGUGAGCACUCAGGGCUGAUUUCCUUCAGAAUGGAGAGGUUGGAUCUUCUCGCAGUCCAUGGGACUCUCAAGAGUCUCCUCCAGCACCAGAAUUCAAAAGCAUCCAUUCUUCGGUGAUCAGCCUUCUUUAUGGUCCAGCUCUCAAUUCCAUACAUCGCUACUGGGAAAACCAGAGCUUUAACUAUAUAGACCUUUGUUGGCAAGGUGAUGUCUCUGCUUUUUAAGAUGCUGUCUAGGUUUGUCAUUGCUCAGGAUUAACUAACAAGGAACAAAUUAUUUGAGUCUCUGGUCCCCUUAUCCAUAAGCCUCAUGGAAGAGGUGCGCCUCUUCACCCACUUCCAGAAAGAACACAUUGGUACCCAACUCCCUCAACUUCCGGUCUCUUGAUCAUCUUGACUGCCCUCCUCUGACACCUUCUCCACCUUUCUUCAUGAUGGAGGUCAACCAUCAGGGUGACCACGGCUGGCUCAGUCCCCAAACCCUGCCUGAACCCACUUCGAAAUAUACCCAGAUGGCCCCUAUCCUCCAGAAACUCCUGCCACUGCUCUGUCUGCCACUCUCUCCACCGCCUUGCCCAAGAAAGGGGCAUUCAUGUCCAGGUGGUCAUGAAGAAGAAGAAGAAGAAGAAGAAGAAGAAGAAGAAGAAGAAGUUGUUUUAUUUAUAUCCCGCCCUCCAUAGCCAAGACCGGGCUCAGGGCAGCCAACACCAAAUAUAAAAACAAUUGAUUGAAAUGCAACUUAAAAAACAAGAUUAAAAUACAUUAAAAUGCAGCCUCAUUUCAGUAGAAACUCAAAUCAAAAACUUUUUGGGGAUGAAAACGUUAAAUCUUCACCAAGGCCAACUAUCCAGACUGGUCCUACAUGGGCCAGAAAAAAGCCAGGGAAGUCCCCAAAUAGGAGUUCCAUCACAGAAGGAGAAAGGAAAGAGGGGGAGGGGAUCAAGUUGAUUCCAGGCCAAAAGCCAGGCAGAACAAUUAUUGUCAACUGUAGUUACAUUAUCGGUUAAAAAGCUCUUUGGUCAAGAGAGCCCAGCAGAGGGUUCCAAAUGGUCAAGCAUUUCCCUUCCACAGCAAGCCAGCUGCCUCUGCAAAGCCGGGCAUGAAUUGCUCCUUUCCUUUGUCCGCAGUGCCUGGGGUCCAAAGAUAGAUUGCCCCUGGCUAUGGAAGUUCCACUGAGCCAUCAUAACUUCUAUCCGUUCAGCCUGGACACUGAGAUCCAGCGCCGAGGGCCUUCUGGCGGUUCCCUCAUUGCAAGAAGUGAGGUUACAGGGAACCAGACAGAGGGCCUUCUCGGUAGUGGCGCCCGCCCUAACGCCCUCCCUUCAGAUGUGAAGGAAAUAAGCAGCUAUCCUAUCUUUAAAAGACAUCUGAAGGCAGCCCUGUUUAGGGAGGUUUUUAAUAUUUAAUGCUGUAUUGUUUUUAACACGCGAUUGGGAGCCGCCCAGAGUGGCUUGGAAAACUCAGCCAGACGGGGCAGGGUAUAAUUAAUAAAUUAUUAUUAUUAUUAUUAUUAUUAUUAUUAUUAUUAUUAUCCACUGGCAGCCGCCAAGGGUCGUAGUGGGUGGCAGGUGAGCAGGCUUACUUGGAAAUAAGUUCCAUUAAAAUCAAAGGGGCUUACUUCCCAACAAAUCUGUUUAGUCCCUGAGUGAGGAACAGUAGGAAUGUAGAAAGGACCUAAUUUCUGGCACUCCCUGCCCAGUUGACAGGUCUCCAAGUGAGCUAUGAUACGGCCAAUUAAAAAACCCGCAUUCCAAAUUCAAGCAGGGAAUGUGCUCUGGGAUGAAUUGAAGCUUUGUGGGGCCGUGCCCAGCACAAUACACAGUUUCUAUGCGGCCCUUUCGUCCUGAUAGGUGCAGGAAGGGGGAUUAAUAAGAUCAAUUAAAGAGCCGGAUCACAAAGGUUUUCCCCCUCCGUUGUGGUGGUUGGCAAGGCUUAAAGUCCAAAGUACAGGCUCAGCAGAAAAGAGGUACAUUUGGGAGGAUGGAGGAGGGCAGGACGAGGCUAAACCUGGGGGUGUGAGUAGAUGCCAAGAGUUAAGGCGCAGUCUGUGGGUGGCUAAAGCCAAAAAAAGCAUCCAAGUACCAGCGCACUAUACCAGUGAGUAAUUGGUUUUCGGGGGAAAGUGUCAAUAACUAUCAUCAAUAUUAUAUGUAUUUUGUUGUUGUUGUUUAGUCGUUUAGUUGUGUCCAACUCUUCGUGACCCCCUGGACCAGAGCAUGCCAGGCACUUCUGUCUUCCACUGCCUCCCACAGUUGGGUCAAACUCAUGCUGGUAGCUUCGAGAACACUGUCCAGCCAUCUCGUCCUUUGUCAUCCCCUUCUCCUUGUGCCCUCCAUCUUUCCCAACAUCAGGGUCUUUUCCAGGAAGUCUUCUCUUCUCAUGAGGUGGCCAAAGUCUUGGAGCCUCAGCUUCCCGAUCUGUCCUUCCAGUGAGCACUCAGGGCUGAUUUCCUUCAGAAUGGAUAGGUUUGAUCUUCUUGCAGUCCAUGGGACUCUCCAGAGUCUCCUCCAGCACCAUAAUUCAAAAGCAUCCAUUCUUCAGCAAUCAGCCUUCUUUAUGGUCCAGCUCUCACUUCCAUACAUCACUACUGGAAAACCAUAGCUUUAACUAUACGGACCUUUGUCGGCAAGGUGAUGUCUCUGCUUUUUAAGAUGCUGUCUAGGUUUAUAUAUUUAUACCCUGCCUUUUCUCAUGACAGGGACUCAAGGCACCUUACGCAAACUGAAACAGCACGGUAUCGAAAAACUUACGAAAGAUAACAGUGAAAGAGUAAUUAAACUAUACAGAAUGAAAACAAUAUAAAAAUGGAUCUGUUAAAAGACAGCACAGCACUAUUAAAAAGCCCUUUUCUUUUUAAAAAACAAACAAACAGUCAGUUCCCAAAGGCCUGUGGGAAUAAAAUGGUCUUCACCUGCUGGAGGAAGGACAGCAAGGCGGGAGUCUGGCUGGCUUCUCUAGGGAAGGAAUUCCAAUGUCUGGGAGCCACCACCAAUAAGGCCCUGUCCGGCUUCCUCACCAGGUGUGCCUGUGAGGGGGGCGGGACCGAGAGCAAGGCCUCCCCUGAAGAGCUUAGAGCCCAGGCAGGUUGGGGGGGAAUGACGCGAAUGUGGUCCUUCAGAUAGCCUGGGCCAACGGGAUGGUUUCCACCUUCAUGGCUGGCUUGUGAGAGCCAUGGGGUGAGGAGCUCUGACUACUCCUUGAGGGCGUCAGUGCAUUUCUUUAAAAUAUUGCAACGUGUUUGUUCAAAGUAUGCAGCCCUCCUGUCAUUCUGAAAGACUUGCAACAACAGCAACAACAAUAUCCGUAACGUGAUUAAAGUCAGUCUCCAUUAAAACAUUGAUCUGGAGCAUGGGACAGCUCGGUUGGAAGAGCAUGGGACUCGUAAACUCAGGGUCAUGCGUUCGAGUCUCACGUUUGGCAAAAGAGCCCUGCCUUGCACAGGGUUGGACUAGAUGAUCCUUGUAGUCCCUUCCCACUCUAUGAAAAGAGCUCCUGAGCUUGUUUGUGCCUUAAAAUCCCUAGAGGAGCCGCUGCUUCACAUCUUCGCCCUUGUUUCCUUCAUCCAGCUUGGCAGUCAGUCUAUGCAUAGUUAACCUAUGGAACCUCCUCCCACAUGAGGCAGUGAUGACCAGUAAUUUGGAUGGCUUUAAAAGAGAAUCAGACAAAUUCAUGGAAGAGGAGAGGACUAUCGAUGGGCUAAUAGUCAGGAUGGCUCUGCUCUGCUUCCACGGUUGGAAGAAGCAAUGCUUCUGAAUCCCAGUAGCUGGAAACUGCAGGAGGGGAGAGUCCUGCUCUUGCGUUCGAAUCCUGCUUGCAGGUUUCCUACAGGCAUCUGUCUGGCCACUGUGAGAACAGGAGGCUGGACUAGGUGGGCCAUUGGCCUGAUCCUGCAGGCUCCUCCUAUGGAAGAAUUAUUUCACUGGGAGAGGCAUAGGCAAACGCAGCCCUCCAGAUGUUUUGGGACUACAACUCCCAUCAUCCCUGGUCCUGCUAGCUAGGGAUCAUGGGAGUUGUAGUCCCGAAACAUCUGGAGGGCCGGGUUUGCCUAUGCCUGCACUAGGAUGACCCCCUGCUACCAUCUUUGGCUCUUCCUGGCAGCCAAGUUGCUCCUGCCAUUCCUCUAACCCAGGGGUCCCCAAACUAAGGCCCGCUGGCUGGGUAAGGCCCAUGGGACUCGUUUAUCUGGCCUACGGCAAACCCCGCCGCCAGCUGCCGCCGCCCGCUCUUACCGGCGCUGCACUGCGCGGCUGCCCACUUCCGGGUCGGAGGAGUACCAGAAAUAGCUUGUGCGCAUGUGCAAGCGUUAUUUGCGCAUGCGCAAGCGUUAUUCGCGGUGCACAUCCGGGUUGGAGGAGGCCCGUGCACAUGCGCACAAGCGAUUUCCGGUGCUCCUCUGACCCGGAAAUGCACCAGAAAUAGCGUUUGCGCACGUGUAUGGGCAUGCGCUCCCCCGCCCUCCGGUCCACCGCGCGAUCGGUGCUGGAGACACCGGCCCAAGGCGCAGUAAGUUUGCUGACCCCUGCUCUAACCUUUUUAAAAAAAAAAAUUAAUUAAAAAUUUAAACAAAACACAUUUUCCAAAAACAUGUCAUCUUUGGUGUCCCCCCAUUUUCCUCCCUCCCCCCACCCUCCCAAACAAACCCCACCCCCACCCCCCGACUUCCCUCAGUUCCAAUCUUUGGUUUCUCUGUAAAUGCUAUUCUCUGCAUGUUACAAAACUGUAUAAAAAAUAUCUAACUGAUUAUUGUCAGUAAAGAGUUUGUGAGUGUUUAUUCAAAACCUGCCAAGGAGUCCAAUUCACUUUGUUGCGUCUUCAAAUAUUUUGUAAAGGGUUCCCAUUCAUCUUUGAAGUCGCAGUUAUCCUUGUCCCGUAGCUUAUGUGUCAAUUUUGCCAAUUCUGUAUAAUCCAUCAGUUUCUCUUGCCAUGAUUCUUUGGUUGGAAUUUCUUCCGUCUUCCAUCCUUGUGCUAUUAGGACUCUCGCAUACAUGAAGAUGUUUUUCAGCUUUUUUGGCAGGUCUUUUUCUACAACCCCUAACAAAAAUGCUUCUGGUUUUUUAACAAAUGUUAAGUGGAACAUUUUCUUCAAUUCAUUAUAUAUCAUUUCCCAAAAAUUUUUGAUUGCAUUACAAUCCCACCAGACCCCUGCUCUAACCUUUGCCUUGCUUCUCUCUCCUUGCAGUUUGCCCAGUAUGCGGAGAUUGUCAACUUCACUCUCCCGAACGGCACACAGCGAAGCGGGCAAGUGCUGGAAGUGUCCGGUUCCAAAGCCAUUAUCCAGGUGUGUGAGAACGACUCUGUUGACCCCGUGUCUCAGUGGGACUCAGUUUGAACCAGAGCCUCUAAGUGUACCUAUUUGCGAGGGACGUCCCUGAUUCAGAGAAGCCGUCCCAGUUUCUGAUUUGAUCCUGGAAUGUCCCACUUUUCCUUAGGACGUCCUUAUUUUCAUUGGAGGGGAUGGAGUUAUCGGACCCCUGAGCCGUCUGAAGGCAAUCCUGUAGAGGGAAGGUUUUUAAAAUGUUUAAUGUUUUAUUGUGUUUCUAUAUAUGUCCGAGGGACAAAGGUGGCACUGUGGGUUAAACCACAGAGCCUAGGACUUGCCGAUCAGAAGCUCAGCGGUUCAAAUCCCCAUGACGGGGUGAGCUCCCGUUGCUCGGUCCCUGCUCCUGCCAACCUAGCAGUUCGAAAGCAUGUCAAAGUGCAAGUAGAUAAAUAGGUACCACUCUGGCAGGAAGGUAAACAGUGUUUCUGUGCGCUGCUCUGGUUCGCCAGAAGCGGCUUAGUCCUGCUGGCCACAUGACCCAGAAGCUGUACGCUGGCUCCCUCGGCCAAUAAAGCAAGAUGAGCCCCGCAACCCCAGAGUCGUCCGCGACUGGACCUAAUGGUCAGAGGUCCCUUUACCUUUACCUAUAUAUGUUGGAAGCUGCCCAGAGUGGCUGGGGUGACCCAGUCAGGUGUGUGGGGUAUAAAUAGGAACAUUAUCAUGGCAGAAUGGGGCACCCCUGUUUUCAUCAGAGAAAGAUUGGAGGGUAUAAGCCUGUCCCCUGCGUUCAUUGCUCACCUUUGGGACAUUUCGACAGAGCACAGCCAUCGCUUUGCAUUUAUACCCCACCUUUUCUCUAAGAAGCGCAAGGUGCUGUACACAGAAUCAGAGGACCAUAGAACUGGAGAAUUGGAAGGGACCCCGAGGGACAUCUAGUCCAACCCCCUGCAAUGCAGGAAUCUCAGCUACAACAUCCAUGAUAGAGGGCCACCCAACCUCAGCUUAAAAACAUCCAAGGAAGGAGAGUUGAAUUCUCCCACAUCCUCAUUUGCCGUAUUUUUCGCUCCAUAAGACACACUUUUUUCUUCCUAAAAAGUAAGGGGAAAUGUCUGUGCGUCUUAUGGAGCAAAUGUGUGGUCCCUGGAGCCGAAUUACCCAGGGGAGAAAAGCAGAUCAUGCUUUGUUUAUUUAUUUUGAAAGAGGGAAGUAGGUGUUGAAACAAAGCAGCUGAUCGGCAAGUGAUCGGGAGGGAAAUAAGGCUGCUGGAAAAGGAGGCUGCUGGGGGAGGGGGGAGGUAAAGACAGCGAACUUGCAAGGAGAGGAGACAGGAAGACUAAAGGAAUGAGGAGAGAAAUUAGAAGAAAAGGAGGAGCGAAAAAUUGCUCCAGCUAAGGAAAAGACACUAAGGCAAAGAAGAGGGAAGGGAGUGUUGAAAGGAAGCAGUUGAUCGGUAAGCGAUCGGGAGGGAGAUAAGGGACGCUAGCGAUAAAGGAGGCUGCCUGGGAGGUAAAAGCCCAUGGAUCCUCAGGAUUUUUACAUUGGGUCACCCCAAAUUCACCAUCAGAUCACAUUGCAUGUCCAUGGCUACAGCCUGCACCAAAAAAAUCACACACACACUGUUGUGUGGAGCCGUAAUGGCGCAAAAACGUGGUUACAAAGCACAGAUCCACAUGGAUCCUCAGGAUUGGCCCAAGCUCGUCCAGUGAGCAUCAUGGCUGUGCAGGGAUUUGAACCCUGGUCUCUCCCAGUAGUCUAACCACUGAACCACAGUGGUUCCCAUUACCAUUUAUAUUAAACUCCACUGGUUUUGGAUGGCUACUGACUUUGUUGGCUUUAAAAGAGGAUUGGACAAAGUCAUGGAGGAGGAAAGGGCUCUUGAUGGCUCCCAGCCAUGUUGGCUCCGCUCUGCCUCCACAAUCAGAGGCAAAAUGCUUCUGAAGACCAGUUUCUGGAAACCACAGGAGGUGAGAGUUGGUCUUGUGUUCGAAUCCUGCUUGUGGGUUUCUCACAGGCAUCUGCUUGGCCACUGUGAGAACAGGGUGCAGGACCCGACGGGUCCCUUUGGCCUGAUCAAGCAAUGCUCUUAUAUUUUUAUUUACAACUUUCCUUCUGCCAAAACCUAUGCUGUUUUCUCCCUAUCUGCUAUGGCCGAGCCAACAUAAUUAAUUAUGUCAUUUCAACACAUUCCAGUGGCAGGGAUACGUCAAAAACAAUGCAGAAAAUAAUGUAAUCAUUUACAGAAUGUUUGAAGGCUCCAAAGAAAAUCAUGGUAGCGAACACUUCUUGUAGGAGCAUGCAAAUUGUGGCAGAUUUAAACUAUUUUGGGGGGAGGACAAAAACACAAAGAUCCAGCACAGCUCCAAAGAGAUAGUAGAAGUAUCAGCUCAAAGAAAGAUCCCCUUUACAAAUAAUAAAAGAUGAAUGAAAAUAAAAGUAUUUCCCCUGUGAGCUCCAUUAUUGACAAUAAGAUUUAAAUGAGCCACAUGCAAUAUUCGUAUAAGAAAUAACAUAUACUUUUUAGUCUGUGGGAUAUCUUUUCAAAAAGCGAGGUUUGCCGAAGUUUUGAAUGCUAUCCAUCCAAAUGGUGGCAGUUUUCUGUUUUCCUUUGGGACAGUAUUCUUCCCCUUCCUAACUCCCGAGUAAAAGCAGACAAGGCAGCUGCCUUCGCCCUUUGCCUUUUCAGGAUGCGGUUCGUUCUCUCGUUAUGAUGUCUGUGCAGCAGAGAGAAGCUGAUGCUUCAUGUUGUUCUUGAACUGCAAGCCAAAAGUCAAGGCUGAGACACCUGGGCAGGCGAAGAAGACCUGGAAGUACAAGGGCCAUAAGUACAUAAUGCGCUAGAGGGAUACUGACUUGAGACUCGGAGGAGCAAACUGAAGGCUGAGAUCUCCGGGAGUCAAAUUGAAAGCCCUAGCCCAGAUACAGAAAGCAGGAAUCCGGAAAGGAUGUUGGUGGGUGGGGAAGAUUUCGGGCCACAUCCCUUUCAGGGUAGCCUUCCGGGGGCCACAUAGCCAUGGUGGGCUGGGCCAGAGGGGAAAGUGGGCGGGCCCUUUGUAAGGGAAGCCAAGUCUCUCCAGAGAGACUCGCACACAAGACAGCGGAACAUGGUCCAGGUUGUGUGGGGCGACCUUUGAACUGGGGCACUGGGGAGAUUUCAAAAAACAGCAACCACUUUUUUUAAAAAAAUAAGUUUCUCGUCUUCUGGCGGUUCCCUCAUUGCGAGAGGUGAGGUUACAGGGAACCAGGCAGAGCGCCUUCUCGGUAGUGGCACCCGCCCUGUGGAACACCCUCCCAUCAGAUGUCAAGGAAAUAAGCAGCUAUCCUAUCUUUAAAAGACAUCUGAAGGCAGCCCUGUUUAGGGAAGUUUUUAAUAUUUAGUGCUGUAUUGUUUUGGUUUUUUUUCCUUUUUUUAAAUUCUUUUUAUUAAGUUCUUUUUUAAGACAAAAACAUACAAAGUGAAGAAACAAAAACAUACAAACGAACAACGAAAAAGGUAAAAAGACAAAGCAACACAUAAAAAAAAAAGAAAACAAACGGAAAACAAACCAACAUCAAAUUCAUAACUUAACAUUGAUUGACUUCCCUCCAUCUCGGUUUUGAGCUAUGUAGCCACAAUACCUUUCUGCGGUAUCAUUUUACAACCUCUAUCUAUACAUCGCAUGCUUUACGUUACACCUACUGUGAUUUUAAUAUUUCCUAAAUUUGCUUCUAUGUAUGUUAUAAAUUUGUUCCAAUCGUUAAUAAAUUUUACACUUUUUUGAUGCCUGAUUUUUUGUGUCAUCUUUGCUAAUUCUAUAUACUCGAAUAAUUUAAUUUGCCAUUCUCUAACAGUUGGGAUAUUAGGGGUUUUCCAAUUUUGCGCUAGCAAUAUCCUGGCGGCUACCGUUGCAUAUUGGAACAUUAUUUGGUCUUCUUUCUUGAUCUCCUCUCCGACCAUUCCCAGGAGGAAGGCUUCGGGUUUUUGGGGAAAAGUAUAUUUCAAAAAAAAAUUUAAUUCAUCAUAAAUAAGUCCCCAAAACCUUUUCACUUCUUCACAAGUCCACCACAUGUGGUGGAAAUCACCCUCUUUUGUUUUGCAUUUCCAGCAUGUUUUGUCUCCGGUCUUAUACAUUUUUUCCAAUUUCACAGGGGUGAUGUACCAUCGGUACAUCAUUUUUUCCAUAUUUUCUCGGAGUCCAACACAUGCUGUGAACUUCAUAUCCUUGUUCCAAAGUUUCACCCACCUAUCGUAAUCUAGAUUGUAUCCAAGAUCUAUGGCCCAUUUGACCAUAACUUCCUUUAUCUCUUCAUCCUUGGUAUCCCAAUCUAGUAAUUGAUUAUACAUUUUGGAUAAAAGUUUGGAAUUACCUUCUAGUAUUUCCACCUGGUAUCUGGACUUUUUCUCAUUCAUCCCUGUUUUUUUAUGUUCGUUCCAUACGGCAUUAAUUUGGUGAAAUUGUAGCCAACCCGUUAAUUUAUCCUUUAAAUCUUCAUAUGUUCUGAUUUUCCAUCCUUUAUCUGAUCUUACCAGGAGGUCUUCAUAGGUCCAUCUUUGACUUUCCAUAUUUAAUUUUUUGAUUGUUAGAAUAUCAAUUGGUGAUAGCCACCAGGGGGUGUCUUUUUCUAUAAGUCUUUUAUUUCUGUCCCAUACCUCAAGCAACGCUCCUCUGAUGAUAUGGUUAGAGAAGCCUUUGUGUACCCUCUCUUUAUUGUGCCACAGAUAUGCGUGCCAACCGAAUCUGGUGUUAAAUCCCUCUAAAUCUAACAAAUCUGUGUUUUUCAAAACGAUCCAUUCUUUGAUCCAGCACAAGCACGAGGCCUCAUAGUAUAGUUUCAAGUUCAGGACGGCAAACCCUCCUCUAUCUCUUCGAUCUGUAAGUAGUUUAAAUUUAAUUCUUGCUCUUUUGCCCUGCCAAAUAAAUCUGGAAAGGGUUUUCUGCCAAUCUUUAAACAUUGUCAUACCUCUAAUCACCGGGAUGUUCUGAAAUAAAAACAGCAGUCUUGGAAGAAUACUCAUCUCAAUUGCGGCCAUUCUUCCUGACCAGGAAAGUUUUAUCCUACUCCAGGUAUCUAAUUCUUUUUUAAUCUCUCUCCAGGUCCUAAUAUAAUUAUCUUCUACUAAGUUUAUGUUUUUCGUGGAGACCCAAAUACCCAGAUAUUUCACCUUUUUCACCACCUUGAUUCCUGUUUGCAACUCUAACUGGCUUCUUAAAUUUUCAGCCAAGUUCUUUGUCAACAUCUUGGUUUUAACUUUAUUUAGUUUAAAACUGGACAGUUUUUAACACUCGAUUGGGAGCCGCCCAGAGUGGCUGGGGAAACUCAGCAGAUGGGCGAGGUAUAGAUAAUAAAUUAUUAUUAUUAUUAUUAUUAUUAUUAUUACUACUACUACUACUACAGGUUGCUUUUCUCCUAGUCAUUUGUACCUCUCAGUUGGCUGCCUCAGCUCCACCCAUCUUUCCCUUUCUUACCCCAAUCUUCCAACCUGCGCCCGUCCCUCACAAGCGCAUCACCUCCUAUUCCUGAGAGGGUUGCCAACUAUUUUGCCAGCAGUGCUGCCAUGCCUCUAACAGAAGCCUGACCUGUGGAGACUUGGCAGAUGAAGCCAGCUAGACCUCACUUGGAGACAACAGCUCUCCUUGCUAAAUUCCCUUCGCCAUCUGGCUGUUGUUAAGGGCAGUGGUGCCCGGAGAAGAAAGAAAGAAAGAAAGAAAGAAAGAAAGAAAGAAAGAAAGAAAGAAAGAAAGAAAGAGAAGUUGGGAAUCUCAUCCCUGCAGGUUUUCUUCCAGCCACAUUGGCCUUUCACAACAUUGAUGUACAAGGACGGACCUUUCCCCCACCAGCACCCAGAAUGUUUGUCCGCAUUCCGUGACCUCACAGCAGCUCUAUCCAGAUCGUGAAAGGAGGGGACCCUCUCUAAGUCCAGCCCCCGUGCCUUGGAUCUGGGGGUGGGUGGCUGGCUGGGACUUCGGCCCAGCAAGGCAGAGGGUCUUCUUCUCUCUGCUGGGAGGGGGCUGCCCAGUUUGCCCCUCCGUGCGGAGAAGCAGGUGCCUCCCCAGGGAUGCUUGCCUCUCCAAGCCCCCUGACCUUUCCUCGCCCUCUGAGAUCACGCAGAAUGCCCUUUCCCGCCUGCCCUGCUCUGAUGAGCAACGCCUUGAGCCUAGUAGCCCUGUGGAGGCGAGGGACCCGCGAGGUUGACCUGCGGGGGACCUCUGCUGGCGAGCGGCCAGACUUCAGCCCUCUAAUGCCACAGAGACCUCUGCAGGGCCCUUCUAAUCCUAUUAGGGAGUCAGCCUCGCCGGCACCCCCUGCCUGGCCUUUGGCAGAAGCCGCUUAGGGAAAGCCUGAUAUACACGGAGCUGGGGUGGGGGGCUUAUUCCACUCUUCCCAGCCCCCCACCCCACCCUGCCGCAACAGCUGGCCAACGUGUGAACAUUCUUUCGCAAGGGGCCACACGGAUCUAAUUAAAGCAGCGGUCCGGAGGUCACUGCCUUCAAACGGUGUCAAAUAUUAUUCCGAUCAAAGGGAGCCUUUCGGGGGUCCCUUCGGAAUGGAUAGGGGAGGGGGAGGCACACUAGAUCCAAUUAGAACAUAGCUGUCAACGUUUCCCCCUUUUUAAGGGAAAUUCCCUUAAAAGACGCCUGCUUCUUGGGAGAAAAGCAAUGACAAACUUAGACAGCAUCUUAAAAAGCAGAGACACCACGUUGCCAACAAAGGUCCGUAUAGUUAAAGCUAUGGUUUUCCCAGUAGUGAUGUAUGGAAGUGAGAGCUGGACCAUGAAGAAGGCUGAUCGCCGAAGAAUGGAUGCUUUUGCAUUAUGGUGCUGGAGGAGAGUCUUGAGAGUCCCAUGGAUUGCAAGAAGAUCCAACCUCUCCAUUCUGAAGGAAAUCAGCCCUGAGUGCUCACUGGAAGGACAGAUCCUGAAGCUGAGGCUCCAAGACUUUGGCCACCUCAGGAGAAGAGAAGACUCCCUGGAAAAGACCCUGAUGUUGGGAAAGAUGGAGGGCACAAGGAGAAGGGGACGACAGAGGACAAGAUGGUGGGACAGUGUUCUCGAAGCUACCAGCAUGAGUUUGACCAAACUGCAGGAGGCAGUGGAAGACAGGAGGGCCUGGCAUGCUCUGGUCCAUGGGGUCAUGAAGAGUUGGACACAACUAAACGACUAAACAACAACAACCCUUAUUCCGAAUAGGAUUCCUCGCAAGAAAAGGGAAAAGUGGGCAGCUAUGAAUUAGAAGAAGGUGUUUUCCCCUCUGGCUAACCGAGGCCUGCAUUGGCCAUGAGAGCAGCGCUGGGGUCCUCCUUCCAUUGCAGUGGUUUUCCAAAAAUACCAAGUCAGAAGGGAUGCUGGUGCCUCGGGUCCCCUCUCCCCCAAGGAAGGCGGGAAGGAUCCAGGCGGCACCAAGCAACUGAGGCCAGUUGCUCCAAACGUAGCGCAUCAUGUGUGGGAGAGAGAGGAGGGCGCGUUGGGCCACCCAAUGGGGUCUGCGCACCUCAGUUUCCCUCUUCACUCAACCAACUGGGUGGGGGCUGUGGAGGCAAAAAGGGUGGGGGGCAACCAGGAUGAUUAAGGGUCUGGAAACCAAGCCUGAUGAGGAAUGGUUGAAGGAGCUGGGCGUGUUUAGCCUGGGAAAGAGGAGGCUUGAGAGGAAAUAAUAAUAAUAAUAAUAAUAAUAAUAAUAAUAAUUUAUUUAUUUAUUUAUUUAUUUAUUUAUACCCCGCCCAUCUGGCUGGGUUUCCCCAGCCACUCUGGGCAGCUUCCAACAGAACACUAAAAUACAAUAAGCUAUUAAACAUUAAAAGCUUCCCUAAACAGGGCUGCCUUCAGAUGUCUUCUAAAUGUUAGGUAGUUGUUUAUCUCUCUGAUAUCUGGUGGGAGGGUGUUCCACAGGGUGGGCGCCACUACUGAGAAAGCCCUCUGCCUGGUUCCCUGUAGCUUUGCUUCUCACAAUGAGAUAUGAAAUAUCUCAAGGGCUGCCACAUGGAAGAGGGAGCAGGCUUGUUUUCUCCUGCUGUGGAGGGUAGGACUCGAACCCAUGGCUUCAAGUUACAAGGAAGGAGAUUCUGACAAGAUUAUGAAGAACUUUCUGAUGUGAAUGACAGUGGAACAGCCUCCCUUGGGACGGGAGGCUGGGGACUCUUCUUGACUGGAAGUUUUUAAACAGGUUGGGUGGCCAUUUUGGUCAGGGAAAUUUCAGGUGUGAUUCCUGUAUUGCAGCGGGUUGGUCUAGACGUCCAUUGGGGGUUUCUUCCAACUCUACAGUUCUAUGAUUGGCUGCUAGCAUAAGAACAUAAGAGUUUCCUGGAUCAGGCCAGUGGCCUGUCCAGUCCAGCCCCCUGUUCUCACUGUGACACAAGAGCCCUCCUGCCGUUUCCAACAACUGGGAUUCAGAAGCACUGCUGCCUCUGAGAGCAGAGCCCAGCCGUUGUGGCUGAGGAGCCCCAAUAAUAAUAAUUAUAAUAAUAAUAAUAAUUUAUUAUUUAUACCCCGCCCAUCUCGCUGGGCUUCCCCAGCCACUCUGGGCAGCUUCCAACAAAAUAUUAAAAUACAGUAAUGCAUCAAACAUUAAAAACUUCCCUAAAGAGGGCUGCCUUCAGAUGUCUUCUAAAAGUUUGGUAGUAGUUGUUCUCUUUGACAUCUGGUGGGAGGGCGUUCCACAGGGCGGGUGCCACCACCGAGAAGGCCCUAUGCCUGGUUCCCUGUACCUUGGCUUCUCACAGGGAGGGAACCACCAGAAGGCCCUCGGAGCUGGACCUCAGUGUCUGGGCAGAACGAUGGAGGUGGAGACGUUCCUUUAGGUAUACUGGACCAAGACUGUUUAGGGCUUUAAAGGUCAACACCAAUACUUUGAAUUGUGCUUGGAAACGUACUGGGAGCCAAUGUAGGUCUCGGUGGCCGCUCCCCAUCACCAGUCUAGCUGCUGCAUUCUGGAUUAGUUAUAGUUUCCGGGUCACCUUCAAAGGUAGCCCCACAUAGAGCGCAUUGCAGUAGUCCAAGCAGAGCAUGCACCACUCUGGCAAGACAGUCCACGGGCAGAGAGGGUCUCAUCCUGAGUACCAGAUGGAGCUGGGAGACAGCUGCCCAGGGCACAGAAUUGACCUACGCCUCCAUGGACAGCUGAGUCCAAAAUGACUCCCAGCCUGUGCACCUGGUCCUUCAGGGACACAGUGACCCCAUUCAGGACCAGGGAGUCCUCUGUCCUUUGUCCUCCCUCCAAUGCUCCUGAAUGCCAGUUGCUGCAAACCACAAUUGAGAAGAAGAAGAAGAAGAAGAAGAAGAGUUUGGAUUUGAUAUCCCGCUUUAUCACUCCCCUUCAGGAGUCUCAAAGCGGCUAACAUUCUCCUUUCCCUUCCUCCCCCACAACAAACACUCUGUGAGGGGAGUGGGGCAGAGAGACUUCAGAGAAGUGUGACUAGCCCAAGGUCACCCAGCAGCUGCAUGUGGAGGAGCGGAGACUCAAACCCAGUUCACCAGAUUACGAGACUACCGCUCUUAACCACUACACCACACUGGCAGCUUGAGGAGAGUUGCUGCUGCUGUGCUCUGGUCCUGCUUGGGCAAUUCCCAUUGACUUGCUUCCUUGUUUGUCAUUCUGUUGUGUAUUUUCAUGUUUUAUACUGCAAAUCCCAUAAUCUUCGGAUGAAGGGCCAUAUAUACAUUUUAUAAAUAAAACAUACCUGAAGUGGCGUCUCCACCCCCAUGGUUCUGCCCGGACACUGAGAACAGGACACUGGAGUUUUGGGGACCCAUUGGCCUGAUCCGGCAAGCUCUCCUUCAGUUCCAGUUGUAUUGAGAUUCCUAGGUUAUAAUUAUACACACACACACACACACACCACACAUUUUUAUUGGUUUUUUUAACAUACCAUUUCCAACAAUCAUAUAACAUACCUUCUUAUCUUAUACAAUGUUUAAGACCUCUGAUGAUUUAUCACUCUUAUCACUUAUUCUGCGUUUCUUAAUUUCUCUAUUACUCUUAAUUAUCAUUAACUAAUAAUUCUCCUCAUAAUCUUUCUUGCAAUAUUUCAAAUAAUCCUCCUUACAGAACUUCUUGCAGUCCUACUAGCGUAAUCUGUUCAUACCAAAUUGUUUUCAAAUAGUUCAUAUAUUUACUCCAGUCUUCUAAGAAUCUCUAAUCCCGCAGGUUUCGAUCUCUUCCUGUUAAUUUACCUAGUUCUGCUUAGUCCAUCAAUUUCAUCCGCAAUUCUUAUUUUGUUGGUAAUUCUUCUUGCUUCCAUUUUUGUGCCAAUAAUGAGAUUCCUAGGUUCUAUGGGAAGUUUGGUAGGGUUGCCAUAUGUCCUCCUUUUCUAGGACACACCCUCCUUUUCGUGAGGAGAGUCCUCACAGCGAUCCAUAGUUACAAAUAAAGGUAAAGGUAAAGGGAUCCCUGACCAUUAGGUCCAGUCGUGGCCGACUCUGGGGUUGUGGCGCUCAUCUCGCUUUACUGGCCGAGGGAGCCGGCACACAGCUUCCGGGUCAUGUGGCCAGCAUAACUAAGCCACUUCUGGUGAACCAGAGCAGCACACGGAAACGCCAUUUACCUUCCCGCCGGAGCGGUACGUAUUUAUCUACUUGCACUUUGACGUGCUUUCGAAUUGCUACGUUGGCAGGAGCAGGGACCGAGCAAAGGGAGCUCACCCCGUGGCGGGGAUUCGAACCGCCGACCUUCUGAUCAGCAAGCCCAAGGCUCAGUGGUUUAACCCACAGCGCCACCUGCGUCCCAUAGUUAUAAGUAAAAGUCGGCAAAUGUGUCCUCUUUUGCUCUUCAAUAUAUAGCAACCCUAGAGUUUGGGCACUGUGAAAACGGGCUGCUGGACUAGAUCAGCCACUGGCCUGAUCCAGCAAGCUGUUUUUAUGUUCUUAGGCUUAAAUGGGAGACUGAGACCCGGAGAGCCAAAGUCUCUGGGGAGGAGCGAAAAAAGCAAUGAGAGAGACGCUUCUUUUUCAUCUUGCUGGCGGAAAUUCCUCCAAACGCAGAUCGCCCAGCGCAAACCGCAGCCCCCUCUCCCUGCUCCCUUCCCAUCUGGACCUGCCUGGCCUCAUUUGCCGUUAAUCCUCCCUAAUUGCCCGUAAUUGGGUCCUUGCCCUCUGGGGCCCUUGCCUUGCAGGUGUUCGAAGGAACAUCUGGGAUCGAUGCGAGGAAGACGUCCUGCGAGUUCACGGGGGACAUUCUCCGCACACCUGUUUCCGAGGACAUGCUUGGUACGUAGAAAACGGGGGAACUGGGGAGGAGGAGGAAUCCGUCUCGGGUAAUGCGUUGCUACAGCUGCAAAGUGAAGUGUGAGCUAAUCCCGUCGGGGGAGCGAAAAGGCCGCCAGAGGCUGCAGGAACAAAGGAAAAAGAAGGGAAAGGCCAAAGGGCAGCGGGAGAUGGCCCUGGCUGCCAUGGAAGGAGCUGAGGCAGGGAGAGGCUUUCGGGUGCUGGAGUGGGAGACAGGAACUGGCUCUGAGCCACAGGAGCCAUGGGCAUAGCCAGGAUUUUUGUUAGUUUAAUAAUACCUCAGUUUAAUAAUAAUAAUAAUAAAUUUUAUUUAUACCCCGCCCUCGCCAGGCUCAGGGCAGCUAACACCAGUAAAAUUACAGUAAAAACAUAAUAGGGAGGGGGAAACCAAUUUAAAAUACAGGUUAACAUGCAAUUUAAAAUGCAGUCUCAUUUUAAAAGUAGCGCAUAGAUCAAGACCAUAAGGGGAGGGCAACAUAAGGGUCAGACUGAGUCCAAAUCAAAGGCCAGGUGGACCAGCUCUGUCUUGCAGGCCCUGCGGAAAGAUGUCAAGUCCCGCAGGGCCUAGUCUCUUGGGACAGAGUGUCGGGGCCAGUACCGAAAAGGCCCUGGCCCUAGUGGAGCCCAAUUUAAGCACCUUGCGACUUGGGACCUCCAAGGUGUUGUCAUUUGUGGACCUUAAGGUACUCCGCGGGGCAUACCAGGAGAGGCAGUCCUGUAGGUACGUGGGUCUUGGCCACAUAGGGCUUUAGAGGUCAAAACCAGCACCUUAAACCUGACCCUGUACUCCACCGGGAGCCAGUGCAGUUGGUAUAGCACCGGGUGAAUGUGAUCCCGCGGCAAGGACCCCGUAAGGAGACUCGCCGCGGCAUUCUGCACUCAUUGGAGUUUCUGGAUCAGCUUCAAGGGCAGCCCUGCGUAGAGCAAGUUACAAUAAUCAAGCCUGCAAUGUGUUUUUAUUGAUUUUUAUUAAUUUGGGAGACAGCUGCCCCUCUCUGGCCCCCAGGAGUCAUCUGGAGGUUCACUCCAGCAAUGCUUGAUGGAGGGGGCGCUGAAGGGAGUUAGAAUCAUAGAACUGUAGAGCUGGAAGGGAUCCGAGGGUCAUCUAGUCCAACCCCCUGCAAUGCAGGAAUUUCAGAUAAGCAUUGAUGGCUAGGGAGUUGUCUAGGGUUGCCAUAUUCCAAAAAGUGAAAAUCCAGACCCAAAAGUUGUUUGGGGUUGCCAAAGCUGUGGAGCUUUUUAAAGUUUCGCCCAGAACUUUUGCAAAAUCUCAAAAAAAAAUAAAAAGAAUUUUUGGGUCUAUUUUUAAGUAAAUUCACCAAAAUCUUCACUCCCAGCAUGGGUUGGCCUACGCCCAGAUUUUCCUGAACAUUUCAGCAAUUUCCACCCAGACACUGUUUUCAACAGCCGAAUCCCGGUAAUGUCUGGGAAAUUCCAGACGUAUGGCAACCCUAGAGUUGUCGUCCCAAACAUUAGGAGGGCACCAGGUUGGCAAAUGCUGGCCUAGGCACUGAGCCUGGGAUUAGGCUGGUCUGUCUCCUUCCUUGGGGUGUAGCUGAUGAUUCCAGCAGUGGGAGAACUGGGAAGCUGAGUCCCUCCAUCCUGAGCUCUGCUGUGCUAUGGAUCUGUCUUUUGAUGCACUGAGUGGAAGAUUAUGAGCCAUGGCGGCAGGGAGAGACAGGGAGUGUGAAUUCAACAGGGCCGGGUUGCUGCGGGUUGUUAGCUUGCUAACGUUGUCAGUGCUGUUUUGCGAAUUACGAUUGCUGUAACGCUUUGUGAAGUUCAUAAUAGGACUUUUCUUGCGGUUGUGCUGUUCAGCCUAUUUUUUAAGCCAUUUUGCAAAGUGUUUUAUAUAAGGGGUUAGUUUUACUGAUGGUUCGUAAUUGUUUUACAUGAUUCAUGUUGCACUUGUGAUGUUCUGUUGUAUCUGGCCUUUGGUUUGGACUUGGUCUGACCCUUCUGUUUCCCUCCCCUUAUGUUCUUAAUCUAUGGACUACUAUUAAAAUGAGGCUGCAUUUUAAAUUGCAUUCUAAUCUGUAUUUUAAAUUGGGGGGUUUUCUUUUCUUUUCUCUCCCCCCCCCCCCCGUCUUUCGCCCCUAUUAUGUUUUUACCGUGAUUUUAUUGGUGUUAGCCGCCCUGAGCCCAGCUCUGGUUGGGGAGGGUGGGGUAUAAAUAAAAUUAUUAUUAUUAUUAUUAUUAAUAAUAAUAAUAGUAAUAGUAAUAUUGCAAUUUAUUGUAUGUAAGCCAUACUGUAUUCUCACUCAUGUCAGUGAAAAGUGGCAAAUAUAAUGAAUGAAUGAAUGGGCUGUGAAAAAGCUAGCUCUAUCAGGCCUCAGGCACAGCCAUCCCAUCAUUUUCCCUUCUCAUUUCAUCACCUUUGCUGGGGGCCCAGCUCCAUCGAGCACCUCCUUGCCUCUGGACUGUGCCAGCUGCCCAUUAUCGGAACAACAGCUUAGAAACUGGAGCCUGGCUUUUGGUUUUCCUCUUCCAUCCCUGUGCCCCUUUCCUUGUGUGUCGUGUCAUGGCAUGCCAUUCUAUUUUUAAAAACAGAUUGUAAGCCUGCAGGGUAAGGGCUGCUGUGUUCAACCCAGCAUGGAGACACCAGCAUUCGAACCUGACACCUUCUGCAUGCAAAGCCAAUGCUCUUACCACUGUACCAUGGAGGAGGGAUCACCCAUGGCUAAAAACAGGAGGAGACCAGAGGCUACUGGGCCAAAAAUGGGCCAUGGCUGUGCUCCUCCCAGGCUGCCACCUCCCUCCAACCAUGGUUGUCCUCCUACAUUUUGGUAGGAGGGGGCGGGAUCUUGGGGGGCCAGGCCCACCUGGACCAGGUGGGUCUUUGGCUUGAUUCUGCAAAGGCCGCGCUUGAGUUGGGCAGAGCAGGGGCUGGCCUGAGCACCCGAGUCAAGGUGAGCUUCAGCGUACGGCCGCAUCUCCUGCACCUAUAAUAAUAAUGAUGAUAAUAAUUCAUUAUUUAUACCCUGCCCAUCUGGCUGGGCCUCUCCAGCCACUCUGGGCAGCUCACAACAGAAUUAAAAGCACAACAGAACCUCAAACAUUAAAACCUUCCCUAAACAGGGCUGCCUUCAGAUGUCUUCUAAAAGUCAGAUAGUUGUUUAUUUCCUUGACAUCUGAUGGGAGAGUGUUCCACAGGACAGGUGCCACUACCAAGAAGGCCCUCUGCCUGGUUCCCUGUAGUUUCACUUCUCGCAGGGAGAGAACCACCAGAAGGCCCUCGGCACUGGAUCUCAGUGUCCGGGCAGAACGAUGGGGGUGGAGAUGCUCCUUCAGGUAUACUGGACCAAGGCCAUUUAGGGCUUUCAAGGUCAGCACCAACACUUUGAAUUUGCUUGGAAACGUACUGGGAGCCAAUGUAGGUCUUUCAGGACCGGUGUUAUAUGGUCUUGGCAGCCACUCCCAGUCACCAGUCUAGCUGCCGUGUUCUGGAUUAGUUGUAGUUUCCGGGUCACCUUCAAAGGUAGCCCCACAUAGAGCACAUUGCAAUAGUCCAAGUGGAAGAUAACCAGAGCAUGCACCACUCUGGCGAGACAGUCUGCGGGCAGGGAGGGUCUCAUCCUGCGUACCAGAAGGAGCUGGUAGACAGCCGCCCUGGACACAGAACUGACCUGCACCUCCAUAGACAGCUGUGAGUCCAGAAUGACUCCCAGGCUGUGCACCUGGUCCUUCAGGGGCACAGUUACCCCAUUCAGGACCAGGGAGUCCCCCACACCUGCCCGUCCCCUGUCCCCCCAAAAACAGUACUUGUCAGGAUUCAACCUCAAUCUGUUAACCACCAGCCAUCAUCUUCCUCUGCCCCCCACCGACUCAUUUCCUUAGGUGGCCAAAUUAACCUUUUCGCCCAAAGAUCCGUCUUGAACAUCCGCCAGACCACCUCCUCUUUAUAGAUUGGCUAUCGGCCACCGCAGGGGAGGAAUCAAUAUAGCUGCAUUUGCCCUCCCUGCCUCCCCCUCGCCAACGAGUCCCCCCCCCCGACACGCAACAACUUUCUUCCGGUCCUUUAAGAGGGACGGUAGAAAAGCACUGUCCUUGUCACAGCAAAUGAAGAUCAAUGCCAAGAUGGAAAUGGGAGGAAGGAGCCAGAGGACCAUGAAAGGCCAGUAAGCUUGGUAUUCAUCACGACGCAUUCUAUUUGUCUUAGACACACAUCACUGAAGCACAAAAAAGAAAAGGAGAGAGAGAGAGAGAGGGAUAAGGGAGGAGAGAAAGAGCAGAGGGAAACCUUUGCUCAAUCGAAGCACCUGCAGCCCGGAAAACAAGGCUGGUGUCCUGCGCUUGCAAGAUCUGCAGCUUAGCCGCUUGGAGUGACGCAUACCAUAGGUGCCAACUCCCUGGGGCCCUGGGUGCCCCAGCACCCACAAAAUUCCCCAUGAAGGGGCCGGGCACAAAUUUUGGUGCCAGGGCCAGGCACGCUGCAUGGCACCAUGGCCCCGGGCACCCACAGUCACAGGGCCAAGUUGGCACUCCUGCCACACACAUACCUCUUAGACCUACCUCCUUUGCCCGCUCCCUUCCUGAGGAUUGUUGUUGUUGAGUCAUGUCCAACUCUUUGUGAGCCAGGCCCUCCUGUCUUCCACUGCCUCCCGCAGUUUGGUCAAACUCAUGAUGAUACCUUCAAGAACACUGUCCUGCCAUCUCGUCCUCUGUGGUCCCCUUCUCCUUGUGCCCUCCAUCUCUCCCAACAUCAGGGUCUUGUCCAGGGAGUCUUCUCUUCUCCUGAGGUGGCCAAAGUCUUGGAGCCUCAGCUUCAGGAUCUGUCCUUCUAGUGAGCACUCAGGGCUGAUUUCCUUCAGAAUGGAGAGGUUUGAUCUUCUUGCAGUCCAUGGGACUCUCCAGAGUCUCCUCCAGCACCUGAGGAUUAGGUGCAGCAAAAGCACAAGCCACACACACACACACACACACACACACACACACACACACACACACACACCACCAAUCCUGCCCAGGAUGUGCCACCCCCACCAUGGCACUUCUGCAACGCAGUUGGCACCCUCUGCUGGUGGGGUAGAACUUGGCUGCUGUCUGCACAGUCCUGUACAGGACUAUCAGCUCACACACUAUUUGUUGUUGUUGUUGUUGUUGUUGUUGUUGUUUAUCCCAUCCAUCACGCUGGGUUGCCCCUGCCACUCUGGGUGGCUUACAACAUAUAUAAAAACACAACAAAACAUCAAACAUUAAAAAACAGAAUAUCCUAUACAGGCAACAAAUCAAUCAAUCAAUCAAUCAAUCAAUAGAAACCAGUAAUAACAAAAAUAACAAUAAUAAACCAUUUACAGGUAUACCCAAAUUAAAAAAAAACCUAUUAGCUAUUUAUAUUUAUAUCCCCCCCUUUUCCCCUUUACUGAAGGCGGCCUGCAGAUAAAAUAGAAAUAGCCAGAAACAUAGGGGGGGGACAUUAAAAACAAUUUAAGAUUAAUAGAAUUAAAACUAUAUAUAUAUAUAGACUAUAUAUAUAGUCAAGUACUUUAUUACGCUCAUAGACCAGAAUAAGCAAAACAUCUAAAUAAAUAGCAUAACAGUAUGAAUCUAAAUGAAUAAUUAUUAAAUAAAUAGGAGCAAGAACCAAACAUAGAUUUAAACAUAUACUUAAUUAAGCAUAGAUAAUGGGUGUGUAAAAAUUUAUAAGAAAAAUUAAAAGAUCGGUUAACACAGCUAUAUGGGGUGGGCUUCAGAAGUGCGGCUCUAACAAUAUGGGUCUUCAGUUUAGGGUUGAAUUGUAGCAUAGACCAUUCUUCAUCACACACACACACACACACACAGAUAUAUAUAUAUAUGAAUGAAGGUGAUGCACAAGGGAUGUCUCUGCAUUCGACAUUUCUCCUGGCGCAGUGAGAAAAUCAUGUUGGUUAUUCUCAUAUAUGAAAGAUCUAUAUGAUCUAUAUGAAAGAUCUAUUGAAAGAUCGUAUGAAAUAUCUAUUAAAGCAUAGAAUUGGGACCCUGAGGAUGAUGUAGUCCAACCCACUGCAAUGCAGGAAUGUAGAUCAAACCUGCAACCUUGUCAGCACCACCCUCUAACCAACAGCUGACAAUCAUUGCAGCAAAAACAUCACAUCACCAGCCCUUUCCUUAAAAAGAGGCAAUUCCCCAAAGCCCAUUGGAUAAGGCUAUGGAAUGGCUCUGCUCUGCUGCCCACGGCUGGAGGCAGUAAUUGCUGUUGGAAACCACAGAAGGAGAGAGAUGCUCUUUUGCUUACAGGCUUCUCGCAGGUACCCGGUUGGCCCCUGUGAGAACAGGAGGCUGGACUAGAUGGGCCAUUGGCCGGAUCCAGCAGCCUCUCCACGUGCUCUUAGGGUGAUAGGUGUCCAAAGAUGAUUCCCGCACAUGCCUGCGGUUGUGUCUCACACCAGGCCCUCCUUCUGACUGUUAGGGUUUUUAUCUAUCCAAGCUGCUCCAGGUGUACCUGCAACUGGAUUGACCAGUUCAAACCUCUGGUUACCUGUCUUCCAUGGGACUAGAGCUUUUCCUCUACCUUGGUCUGAGGAAACAGUGUUGACUCUUGCAACCUUCAGGUGUGGCUUUGUUUCUCCUGUGGACAAACCUUGUACCUCACUCAAGACCUCAGCGUCUGAAACCUGGUUUGAGCUGCUAGCCACAGCUAUAUAUGCAGGUUGUUCCAAAGGUAGAACUGGUACAACAGGGGUAUACUCUGUGUAUAUGUCACUUGAUGCUGCACUAGCUUACAGUUACCUGAAAAUGGGGGAGUGAUGUUAGGAUUUUUAUCUAUCCAAGCUACUCCAGCUGGACCAGUGAGUGGUACUAUGAUUUGUGUACAUCAUGUGAGUGUCUGAGAGAGUGUGAGAAAGGAAGUCAAAUUGACAGACAUAAUAAGACAAAAACCAAAAAGGGAAGUAAAAAAAGAAUGGGAGUGCCUAAAUGAAUACCUCAAAUGUCAAGGUUCAAGGACAAAAAAACUGGCUGAGUCUGGAAUAACCUUGUGAAAUGAAAGGAUAAGAAAGAGGGAUUUAUAUCUAGAUGUUAGGAUAGAGAUGAUAAGGUAAACAGGAAAACAGGAAGACACAAUGAGAGAUAAAGGAGGUGCUGUGGGAUUGGUGGAAGUCAAUGUUUUGUUGUUGUUUUUAUAGUGUAUAUAUUACUAACUUGUAAGAUAUGGAUUUUUUUUAGUUGUUGUUGCUUUUUUAGUUUUUCAAAUGUUGGUUUCUGUGUGUUGUGUAUUGUUAUUUUUCGAUAUUUUUCGUGUUGUUGUUGUGUGGAAAAUACUAAUAAAAUUUAUUUAAUUAAAAAAAAUUGAAAAAAGAGAAAGGAAGUCUGUAUUAUCUCUUCCUUUGGAGUACUAUUGGAAGUUUAGUUUCACUUCUGUGUGUGUCGCAGUUCUGUACUGGUGUUCAGGGAGCACAGACGUACUGAUGGAGUCUCUGUAUAUAAGACUGUGAAUAAAGUAGUUUUAGAACUACGAUUGAGUCUUUCUUCUGCUAUGAUAUGCCAGAAGACUGGCAUGGUCUUUUCAGGAGAGAAAGGUCUCUCUGGACUGAGGAAGAUUUACAGCCAUGGAGGACCACCAGAGAGACGCUCCGAAGACCUGGGAAGUUGGCAGUCUUUCCCGGGGGCGUUUUUCCAACACUGACACCCGUGUCUCUCCGCAGGCCGAGUCUUCAACGGUUCUGCCAAACCCAUCGACAAAGGACCAACCGUUAUGGCAGAAGAUUUCCUGGACAUUAAUGGUGAGACCUUAGUCUGAUCUGUGCAGGUGGGGAGAGAUUCAGCUGGACCCAUCCCUUCCGAAAAAGACGCUGUCAAAGGGAAUGGGUGAAAUUCCUGACCUCGCUCUGCUCUUAAACAGGUCUCCCAUAUCUAAAAGCAGAGUGUCACCAUCACAAGUAAGGAACUCCAUUUUUCCAGGCAGAGAAAACCCCGUGGUUUUUCCUCUGUUCCCCCACAUUUAUUUAUCUUCUUCCUUCAUAUCUGGCUCCUGGGGUCUCCCCACCUCUAUUCCCCCCCUCUCCUUUUUCGCCAGCACUGCCAAAAUCAGUAGGGUCUUAGGGAGGGACCCAGUUCAGGCAACGAAAGAGGGUUUCAGUACCCCUGGUAUAGGUAAAAGGUAAAGGGACCCCUGACCAUUAGGUCCACUUUGUGACCAACUCUGGGGUUGCAGCGCUCAUCUCGCUUUACUGACCAAGGGAGCUGGCGUACAGCUUCCGGGUCAUGUGGCCAGCAGGACUAAGUUGCUUCUGGUGAACCAGAGCAGCGCACAGAAAUGCCGUUUACCUUCCUACCGGAGCAGUACCUAUUGAUCUACUUGCACUUUGACGUACUUUCGAACUGCUAGGUUGGCAGGAGCAGGGACCGAGCAACUGGAGCUCACCCCGUCGCGGGGAUUUGACCACUGACCUUCUGAUCAGCAAGUCCUAGGCUCUGUGGUUUAGACCACAGCACCACCCGCGUCCCUGGUAUAGGGAGCCUUUAUUUAUGUUUUGCAUUUAUACCUCAAGAUGGUCUCCAUGGUUCUCUCCCUCCCCUUAUUUAAUCCCCGCAACACCCCUGUGAGGUAGAUUAGGCUGAGACUAAGGGCUUCUCCACAUUUACCUUCGGCAUUGCUCUUUCCAGCAAAUUCUGCACUUAAAAACUCCGUGUCUGAGCUUUUGGGGUUUUGCUGUGGGGUUUUUGGGGGGCCUGAAUCUUUCCCCACGAAAACCCACUCUUUAGGAUUUGAUCAGAACAAACGCCAAUUCUUCCAUUUGCUCAGAUUGAGUAAUAAAGAGCAGGUUUUUGCAAAGAAAGCGCCAGGACAGAAAAAAGAAUGGCGUUCUCGGACACAGAGCUUUAAAUCUGUGUUUGCCACUUUUAACAAGACAGGAAUGGCGACUGUUUUGUGGGUCCUGCUGCAUCUUUCACCAGGCUUUGAACUGGUGAGACUCCCAUCAGCCCCAGCCAUAGUUCAAAACAUCUGGAGGGCACGAGUUUGGCAACCGCUAGUCUAACAACAUCAGCAAGACAGCAAAGCCUUAUAGUCUCUGCUUCGAUAUGACCAUUGCUCUCUGCUUAGUGACUAGCCCAUCCCUGACUGGCCAGCUGUGAUUGCUGCAUUUGAGCUGCGAUUCCUACACUGCGGGGGUUGGACUAGAUGACCCUCAGGAGUCCCUUCCAACUCUACGAUUCUAUGACCCCCUCCCUCCUCCUGCCUCGUUUUCCCCAGGCCAGCCCAUCAACCCGCACGGGCGCAUCUACCCAGAAGAGAUGAUCCAGACUGGGAUCUCCCCCAUCGAUGUCAUGAACAGCAUUGCCAGGGGUCAGAAGAUCCCCAUCUUCUCUGCUGCAGGUCUCCCCCACAAUGAGGUAAGCGUAUGCAUCUGAGGUCCGGAGCCUAACCCCCCCCCCCCCGUUUUGCUCCAUCCGGAAUUUGUUCUGUCUGGGAUUCUCGCGUUCGUUUUUAAAAUCGAAGAGCUACACACUAGAGAAGUAACGCUCUCUGGGACCAAGAUCUCAGCAGGCAAUUAAAAGUUGGCACGGAAGUUGCCUGCUGAAUUUCCAGUGGCAGAGAGUUCCACAGGACUGGGCACAUGGCACUCAAGGUUCAGCUUUUCCUUGUUUGGAAACCAGCCUGCAGGUGAUCUCAUCUGGGACACAAGGGCUCAGGAGGACCCUGAGGCACCCUUAACUGAUGUUGCUCUGGGCUUUUUGUAAAUCAAUUUAAGGACUUUGAACCUGGUUCACACAGACACUCCUGUCCCUUUCCUGGCUGGAAAUCUGGACCUCUGCUGACAUGCCAGCCUGACUUGCCCCACAGUGCCCUUUGACGGACUUAAUAAUAAUAAUGAUAAUAAAUUUUAUUUAUACCCUGCUCUCCCCGGCCAGAGCCUGGCUCAGGGCGGCUAACACCAAUAAAAUUACAGUAAAAACAUAAUAGGGGGGGGGAACCAAUUUAAAAUACAGUUUAAAAUGCAAUUUAAAAUGCAGCCUCAUUUUAAAAGUAGCCCAUAGAUCAAGACCAUAAGGGGAGGGCAACAUAAGGGUCAGACCGAGUCCAAACCAAAGGCCAGGCGGAACAGCUCUGUCUUGCAGGCCCUGCGGAAAGACGUCAAGUCCCGCAGGGCCCUGGUCUCUUGUGACAGAGCGUUCCACCAAGUUGGGGCCAGUGCUGAAAAGGCCCUGGCCCUAGUUGAAACAUUGAGGCUCAUCUCCGUGUGAAUGCACCUGGGGCAAGGUGUGUAGCCCGUGAGAGAGACCAGGGUUCAAAUCCUUGGCCAUGCAGCUCACUGGGUCUCUGUCUGUCCCAGCCCAGCCUACCUCACAGCGUUGUUGUGAGGGCUGAAUGAGGAAGAGGGGAAACCAUGAUGCCAUCCUGAGCCCCAUGGAGGAAAAGGUGGGGUAUAUAUUCAAUAGAUAAAUGAAUAAGCAGACCAGUUUCCUUGCCACAGAUACACACCCAGGGAGGAAGUCAGGUGGAAACUGCUCUGACUAAUCGGGAGUGACAGGCGAGAGUGAAUAUGAUAAACUCAGGACCUGGCGUGUUGGACGCUCCGCCGCCUGACAGGAGAGUAACGGAGGGAGGUGGGUUGAGAGGCCAGCAAAGGCCCUUCAUUUAUUUAUUUCGUAGAGUUGCAGAGUUGUGGGAAGGACUGCAAAGGCUCCAGCCCCGCUGCAAUGUAAGAAUCACAGUUUUUGGCACACAGCCUGCUUUUUCCUCCAAGGAGCUCAAGAUUGCACAAAAAAAUACCGUAUGUUAUCUCUCUCCUCAUUCUCCCGCGGCAGGAAUGCUUAUAUCUUUGUCCAAAACACAGUAAUAUCCAAGGCAACACAAUGACCAAGUCCAACAAUGCGAUAUCAAUAUGAACUCUUUAUAUAAUCUAUACAGAACAUUGAACAAUAUGAAAAACCAAAUAAACAGAGAUCUUAUAAAUCUCUGAAAGUCACAAAAUGUGCACUCUCUAUGGAUUCUCUUGAAAAAAUAGAACCAAAUAGACAUAAGUCUUAUAUGUCUCUAAAAAGUCUUUGUAGACUAUGCAAGUCUCUGAAAGAAGCAAUAGGUCAGAUUCUUAUCUGGUGAAAACCAGCCGUAAAGCUUUGUUUUAUGACGUCCAAUGGUGCCGAAGUGGUGAACAGUGAACAGUGAUUCCGGAUAUAGCCACUGUUUCGUUGAAUUCUUCUUCAGUGCAGCAGAAGGAUACAGAAACGCUUCAUAAACUGCAAAUGAAUUAUUGAAACAAUGACUUGCAUAUACAUGGCAACUUACAAUAACUCAAAUUAUUACAAACUAUAUGCAUGAACUGGAACACAGGUGGCGCUGUGAGUUAAACCACAGAGCCUAGGACUUGCCAAUCAGAAGGUUGGCGGUUCGAAUCCCCGUGACGGGGUGAGCUCCCGUUGCUCGGUCCCUGCUCCUGCCCACCUAGCAGUUCGAAAGCACAUCAGAGUGCAAGUAGAUAAAUAGGUACCACUCUGGCGGGAAGGUAAACGGCGUUUCUGUGCGUUGCUCUGGUUCACCAGAAGUGGCUUAAUCAUGCUGGCCACAUGACCGCCGGCUCCCUCAGCCAAUAAAGUGAGUUGAGUGCCGCAACCCCAGAGUUGGCCACAACUGGACCUAAUGGUCAGGGGUCCCUUUACAUUUACCUAUACGCAUGAACUAUAAUGACAAUUCAAUAUUAAAUAAUUAUCUAUGGAGCAGUGGUCAUAAAGUUAUGUCCAAAACACCCCAGAAACUGGGACAGAGGGUUAAAAACUCACCAGCUGAUUGAGGGGUGUGUGCAAGAAAUGGGAGAGGAGUUGAGGAAGGUCAGGGGUGUGUGUGUGUGUGUGUGUGUGUGUGUGUGUGUGACGUCCUUAUUUUCAUCUGAGGAAUGUUGGAGGGUGCGCCAUCUCCUCUGUUCUGUCCUUGAGAUGGUAGCCUUGUCUUCCAUUCGCCUCCCCUCUCAGAUCGCGGCCCAGAUCUGCAGGCAAGCAGGGCUGGUGAAGAAAUCCAAAGAUGUCAUGGAUUACCACGAGGACAACUUUGCCAUCGUCUUUGCUGCCAUGGGGGUGAGUUUUGUUCCCCUUUUGUCCCCUUUCAUUUACGCGCAAGGAGCCAUUGGUAUCUUUCCUGCUCAUAGAAUUGCAGAGUUGGAAGAGACCCUAAGGAUCAUCUAGUCCAACCGCCUGCAAUGCAGGAAUAUGAAGUUGUCCCGUCUGGGGAUCAAACCUGCAACCUUGGCAUUAUUGGAAUAAUAAUAAUAAUAAUAAUUUAUUUAUACCCCGCCUUCCCCAGCCAAGACCGGGCUAAGGGCAGCUAACACAGAAUAUAAAUACAGUAAAAACAUUAAAAACAAAACAAAACAAAAAAAACAAAACAGUCGAUUAAAAUAUAAGUUAGAAUACAGUUUAAAAUGCAGCCUCAUUUUAGUGGUAGCCUAUAGAUCAAAGCCAUAAGGGGAGACAACAUCAAAUAUCAUGCUCUAGCCAGUAAUGUAAGAGCCUUCCUUAUUUGCAUUUGUCCCUGCCUUCUAAUUCGUUGGUUCUAUUGCAGAAUCAAAGAAUCAUAUCUUCGUUUUCAUUGUUAUAUUUAUUAAUGCCCUGCCUUUUUUCCUGUAUGACUGUAUGCACGUGUGCUUGGGCCCAGGGUCUUUCGCCUCACCAGCCCCACUACUGACUCCCUGUUGCUACUCAGCUUCAAAACAAAAAACGUGUUCCCGGAUACAUUGAAAAAAAUCUGGUAACCAUAACCCAGAGGCCCAUGUUGGCUCUGGGGCCCUAAGGAGAGUUUGUUAGGAAAUAUUUCCUGGAGGGAUGCUCAGCCGAGGCAGCAGGACUGGUGGCACAAGAGGCCUCCCUGUGGGAAAAGACAAGCUUCCCUGCCGCAUCCUCAGGCUCUGAGCAUCUCCCAGGCAGCCACGUGAGCUAAUUGGCAGCAUCUUGCUCCCCUCUAGUGGACAGCCGCGUCCUUGCAAGCACUUCCUUUUGGCAGCCCACCUUUGACACUGGUCCCCAGGUCAUCUUUAUUGGCAGGUGGGAUAAAAGAAAGUCCUUCCUCCCGCAACACAUAGUUUAAACUAUGGAACUCGCUGCUACCGGAGGCAGGGAUGACCAGCAACUUAGAUGGCUCUGAAAGAGGAUGAGGCAAAUUCAUGGAGGAAGAGAGGACUAUGGAUGGUUGCUAAUUGUGAUAGCUACGCUCUGCCCUCCACCUGCGGCAAAAAGGAAUUAUUAUUAUUAUUAUUAUUAUUAUUAUUAUUAUUAUUAUUGGUAUUUAGCCUUAACUGCUCUUGUGGAUGUGAUUUUAUAAGACUCAGAAGUGUGGGAAUGUUCAGGGAUGGAGGAGAGGAUAUAUUGUUUGAUUAUAGCCUUUCCAACUUGUGUUAACAAGUUCACAAUUUUGCAGAGUAACAUUCCCCCUUUUAAACUUACAGCAGAUGCAUUUGCUCAGGCUCGCUAAAGCCUCUAUAAUAACUGUUCUGGUAUUUCCCCCUUCUUCCCUCUUAAAGAUAAGACACAACACAGUCUUCUACAAAAGUAUAAAAAGAGUUUACUCACAUUCUGUUCACAAUCAGAUCCCAGAAGGCAGACUUAGCUUAGAAAAGUAACAUACACCUGGAAACUAUCUCAUAAGGAGAUAUUCCCUUUGUCUUCUCUUGGCUGGAGGCCAAGAGAGCAUCUUUGGCUAAGCAGAUGUUGCUUCUUCGAUGCAUGUAGUCACAGAGAGAGAGAUGGCUGCCCUGCCCUGUGCUUUUGUCGUUACCUGCACAGGUGAGGCCACGCCCACCUCUAGUCACAUACAGAGGAAGUCUGUCCCAGCCCAGAAGGAAACAGGAAGUUGACCUGCUGGCUGGACAAACAUUCCUGCCCAUGUGUAAACAUGUUCCCUCUAGGAAUGUUGUACUUGACUGUUCAUGUGUUUCACAUCCCACAAGAAGAACACUUCACGCCUGAAGAAAGCUAUAUACAGCUGUUAAGGACCUAAGAUUUGCCAGCUGAAUCAGGCCCCUGGCCCAUCUAGUCCAGCACCCUGUUCUCACAACGACUGACCAGAGCAACUCUCCAUUUAACUUUCCAUUUGAAAAUGCUGUUUGAGAAUAUUAAAGGAAGAAAACAAAGCUAGCCUGUUUUCUGGCUAAACACAGAGGUACCAUACUUAUUUGUGCCAACCCAGCAUACAUUUUCUGACCGGCUAAAAGGAUUUGCAGUUUUGCUAAAACCUGGAAACAAAAUUAUAUACAUAAGGGCUGUUGCCAUCCAAAGACAGAUGAUGUCUUGGUCACAGUCCUCUGCUAUUCUGACUGAUCUUGGAUGUCAAUUUAUAUUUGCAGCGCUGUUCCGGAAUGUUGGCCGGUUGGGCAGUCGGAAACCCUUAGAAAUUUGUUGGUUUGUAGGUUUUUGACAUAGGUCUUUAAAUGCCUGAACUGGCUCUAGCUGUCUUUGACUAAAACCUUCACCACUCUGGUUACAGGUAGGUAGCCAUGUUGGUCUGCCGUAGUUGAAACAAAAUAAAAUAAAAAUAAAAAUUCCUUCCAAUAGCACCUUAGAGACCAACUCAGUUUGUUAUUGAUAUGAGCUUUCAUGUGCAUGCACACUUCUUCAUGCACACGAAAGCUCAUAACAAAUACAAACUUAGUCGGUCUCUAAGGUGCUACUGGAAGGAAUUUAUUUUAUUAUUUUGUUUCUUCACCAAUCUGGUUUGUGUUGCAAACUACAACUCAGCCUCUGUUCCUUUGCUGGCAGGUAAACAUGGAGACUGCCCGCUUCUUCAAGUCGGACUUUGAGGAGAACGGCUCCAUGGAGAAUGUCUGCCUCUUUCUGAACCUAGCCAAUGACCCCACGUGAGUUUUUUGUAAACUGCUUUGGGGUUUUCUUACGAUCAAGCCUUGUAUAAACUUAAUGAAAUAAAUUCACGAAUCAGAACAGCCUGGCAGCACCCCUGAUUAAAUCACGGUCCAGCCUGGGGGUUUCUGUGAGUUCAAUGGAAGACGACCCGACCAGCAGCUUGUGGGAAUGAAGGAGCCUCUUCCCAGAGCGCAGGUGUGCUUCUCCCACCUGCAAGCAGCACCUGUGCAUCAGCUGAUAACACUUCUCCGCCCAUCCAUGCAACAGCGCACAGGGGCCUCGUGGGCUUUUGUGACACGGGAUAUGUCAGGCAAGGAGUAAUUUUUGCACGCAAAAACCCACACCUUAUUGUAAUGGUGUGUGCAGAUAAUGGCUACAGAGCCCUGCAAUAAAGACCCUUCUAGUGUCCCUAUUUUCCAGGAACAGUCAGAUUUACAGAAGCUGUCCUGGUUUCUGAUCUGAUCCCAAAAUGUCCCGCUUUCCCUUAGGGUGGCCCUAUUUUCAUUGGAUAAAUGUAGGAGGGUAUGGAAUAGAACAUCUUUAUUUUCAUUGGAUAAAUGUAGGAGGGUAUGGAAUAGAACAUCUUUAUUUUCAUUGGAUAAAUGUAGGAGGGUAUGGAAUAGAACAUCUUUAUUUUCAUUGGAGAAAUGUUGGAGGGUAUGGAAUAGAACAUCUUUAUUUUCAUUGGAUAAAUGUUGGGAUAGCCAUAUUUUCUUUUUCUUUUAUUCCCUUUUUUAAAAAAAAAAACAAAACUUUAUUCCAAAACCAAAAAAGAAUUACAAACAUCAAAUUCAAAAUCCAUGUUCAUUUUGUAACAUAAGCCUAUUACAUAGCUGACUAGAUUAAAAUAUGCCUAAUUGCUAUAGGCUUCCCUUUGCUAUAUAUAAAUGCAAUGCAAUUAGAAAUAUUAUAUUAGAAAUUUUUAUAAAUUCCCCUAUACCCCCCACUCCCCUUCACCCAUGUGUGACCUCAAUAUUAUUUUCUUUUACUUCUUCCAUCUUGUUGUGUUGCUGUAGUUUAAUAAUUAUUCAGUUGAUUCUUUUAUUAUUUCCUUGCUUACCCCUGCACAUUUUACACAUUAUCUAUUAAUAUUCCAGUUCCGGAACCAUAUUUUUUCAUGUAUUCCUUCAUCGGAUAAAUGUAGGAGGGUAUGGAAUAAAGGUAAAGGGACCCUUGAUCAUUAGGUCCAGUCAUGACUGACUCUGGGGUUGCGGUGCUCAUCUCGCUUUACUGGCCGAGGGAGCUGGCGUACAGCUUCCGGGUCAUGCGGCCAGCAUGACUAAGCCACUUCUGGUGAACCAGAGGAGCGCACGGAAAUGCCAUUUACCUUCCCGCCAGAGUGUUACCUAUUGAUCUACGUGCUUUCGAACUGCUAGGUGGGUAGGAGCAGGGACCAAGCAACGGGAGCUCAUCCUGCCGAGGGGCUUCGAACCACCAACCUUCUGAUCAGCAAGUCCUAGGCUCUGUGGUUUAACCCACAGCACCACCCGCGUCCCUUCAGGGUAUGGAAUAGGACACCCUUAUUUUCAUUGGAGAAAUGUUGCGAUGUCCUAUUUUCAUCAGAGAACUGUUGGGGGGUAUGUAGUAAGGAGAAGACUUGGGCAAGACUGGAUUCUCGGCUUGCAAGGCUCAGCACUCCAGACCCCCGUGCUGACACCUCCCUCCUUCCCACAGGAUUGAGCGCAUCAUCACCCCACGCCUGGCCCUGACCACGGCCGAGUUCCUCGCCUACCAAUGCGAGAAGCACGUCCUCGUGAUCUUGACGGACAUGAGCUCCUACGCUGAGGCGCUGCGCGAGGUCAGAGGGGCAUCCCGCGGCUCAGAGAGGGUGUGGGCCGGGGCGCCUAACAUGGCAGGGAAUGGACCCCCUCUCUGUGCCCCAUAAUUCACCCCUUUUUCCCCACCAGGUCUCGGCUGCCAGGGAGGAAGUCCCCGGGCGCAGAGGCUUCCCAGGAUACAUGUAUACUGACCUGGCGACCAUCUACGAGAGAGCCGGGCGCGUGGAGGGCAGGAACGGCUCCAUCACUCAGAUCCCCAUCCUGACCAUGCCCAACGAUGGUGAGCGGGGAGGGGGCGCUGGGAAAAGGCUCAGGGAAAGCCUGGGCCGCUGACUUCUAUGGGGAAAGUGGUUUGGGGAAAAUGUCCGGCAGCAACAGCAGCUGGGAGUGAGGAGUGGCUGACAAGGGGGAAGGGAGGAAGGCAAAUUUUACUGGGAGUCUGUGCCCCCCCCCCAAAAAAAGCACACACACACUGUGGGAAUGUUCAAGGAGGUAGGAGAGGAUAUAUUGCUUAAUUAUAUCCUUCCCAACUUGUGUUAACAAGUUCUACAAUUUAGCUGUUGUCGGAGAGCACUGACUUUUUCCUGUGGACAAUUUGACUCUAAAGUAAUUACCCGUGAGUAGAGCUGAAUUGGGAAGAAUUGGAUUUUUAAACGUUUAAUCUGGCAUCGAAACGGGGAGGUUCAAUACAGGAAGUCCGCCUUCCCCUUUUGUAGAUAAACUGAAGCAAGGAGGCUGCAAGCUAAAGUCUUGGAAAGCCUUUUGUAAAAAACUAAAUUUCCAUAGGUAAAGAACUAAACCCCCCUCCCCUUUUUGGAGACAGGAGAAGAGGGGGGGAAGUGGUGGACUGAAUAUGCCUGUAGGAGAGAGUUAAGAGAGUUAAAAUACCGCCGCUCUGACCCUGGAAACGGGCUGCUAGCAGGAUUGAUGUUUUUUGGAACGUCCAUUGACAGCGUUUAGAACGUUCAUUGACAGGUAGCUAAACAAGAGAAUACAUUGUUUCUACUGUCUCUGGUUGUUUUCAAAAAAAAAAAAAAGGAGGAAAGUAACUGAAAAUUGAAACUAACUUUGGAUUAUUGAAACUGUGUUUUAAAGAGGACAUACUGACCGAUACAAAUAGAAACUGUUUUCCCCUAGUGGAAGCUUUUGAAAUUGGUUACUUUACAGGAGCUGGGCUAGGGGAAUUUCCAGCUGCAAGAUAAAAAAGUGUGAGACUUUGGAAUUGACCUUGAAUCUCUUAAGUGUUAUGGCAAAUGGAAAGGAAAAACAGUCGGGAUGUCGACAGAAGAGGCCUUAGUGGUUGCAUUAUUGAAAAUAAAUGAUUCGCUGGAACAACUUCACAAGAAAACAGACGUGAUAAAUGUGAAAAUGGAUGCUGCAAAUAUUGAAAUUGACUUAAUCGUAGAAAGUUUAAAUAACUUGGGACAAAAGGUGAAUACCAAUUCAGAAACCACCCAGAAACUGACACAGGAAUCUACUCUGAUACGGCAAACUGCAGAUGAAGUCAGGGAAAAAACCCUUGCUGCUGAAUUUAAAGCAAUACAACUGGAGAGGAGAGUCCCAUCCAUACAAACUGAUGAACAUAAGCUGACAUUCGUUAUGAUUGAACUUAAAGAAGAACAGAUGAAUUUGAGGACCAGAGCCCUAUCUGAACUGGAAAAGGAAAGCUUGACAGAGUUUCAGGAGGCGACAGGACUAACAUCGGUUGAGAAAGAGAGGUAUUUGGGGGUUAGUAUGACCGCCAAAAAUGUGAAUCUGUUUAAGGAUAACUGUGAAGGAUGUUGGAUUGAAGAGAACGGGGAUUUGGAAAUAUGGACAAAUCAGAAGUUGUUACUGUUGGGCCGAGUUACUGUGGUGGGGAUGAGGGCUGCUGUGUUGCUGGGGAUGUUGCUUUUGUUUCAAACAUUGCAAGCUUUGGAUGGGAUGGAGGGUUUCAGGAGGUGGCAGAGGGAUGUUUUUAGAGUUGUUUGGCAGGGCAGGAAGCCUCGAGAAAAACUUAAGAUAUUGAUGGAUGCCAAAGAAGGAGGUGGACCUGCCCUGCCAGACCUUUAAAUUUCGUUGUGAACCAUCUGCUUUUUGCUGGUUGAGAGAAUGGCUGCUUCUUGAAAACACUGAAGUGUUGGACAAUGGCAGACGAAGUUGAUGGACUAUAUGGAAUUGGCGGAAAUGACUGGCAAGAUCCGAGACCAGGGAGAAGAGUCGGUGGAAGAAGAUUGCAAAAAGUUUAAAGACUAUUUAUAGAAAUAUUGUAAAAUUAAGGAAUGUUAGAAAAAUGUUGGAAUGAAGUUAUAUGGCUUUAGUAGAAAUGUCAUAAGGAAUUAAGUAUAAAUAGAUUAAUAGAAAAUUAAAGGAAAAAUAAGGCAAGAAUGUGUUAAGAUAAUUAUAGGAUAGAAAACAGAGUAAGAUGGAAAGGAAUUGCUGAAACAAUUAAUAGAAGUGGAAUACAAAAAGGGAGGUGUGAGGAGGUCGCUGGAAAUAAGUGAAUGAAAUAUAAGAUAUUGAAAAUGUUUGAGGUGUUUUUAAAUUGUUUUUGUUGGUUUUUGCUUUGUUUUGUUAGUCUAUGUAGCGUUUUUGUAUUGUAUUUGUAUUGUUUUUUCUCUUUUCUUUUUUGUUUGUAGUGUUGUGUUGAAAAUGUUGAAAAAGUAAUAAAUAUCAUUUUUAAAAAAAAACAAGUUCUACAAUUUAGCAGAGUAACAUCCCCUUUUUUAAACUUGUACAGCGGAUAACGUCUUUGCCAGGCUUGUGUAAGCCUCUAAAAUAAGUUUCCAUGGUAAUUCCCCUUUAUUCCCUCAUAAAAAGAUAGACACGACACAGUCUUGUAUAAAAGUAUAUGAAAUAGUUUACUCACAUUCUGUUCACAAAUGGAUCCCAGAAGGCAGACUUAAGUUAUAAUAUUAAUAAUAAUAAUUUAUUAUUUAUUCCCCAGCCACCCUGGGCGGCCUCCAACAAAGUAUUAAAAUACAGUGGUCUGUUAAACAUUAAAAGCUUCCCUAAACAGAUGCCUUCAGAUGUCUUCUAAAAGUCUGGUAGUUGUUCUUCUCUUUGACAUCUGGUGGGAGGGUGUUCCACAGGCCGGGCACCACUACCGAGAAGGCCCUCUGCCUGGUUCCAUGUAACUUGGCUUCUUGCAGCGAGUGAACAGCCAGAAGGCCCUCGGCACUGGACCUCAGUGUCCGGGCAGAACAAUGGGGGUUACAAAAUUUAUACACCUUGAAUCUAUCCCAUAAGGAGAUAGUCCCUUUGUCCUCUCUUGGCUGGAAGCCAAGAGAGCAUCUCAGGCUAAGAAGAUGUUGCUUCUUCAAGGAAUUAAGUUAGAAAGAGAUAUGGCUGCCUCCACUGAGGUAUUUUGUUACCUGCACAGGUAAGGUCAUGUCCACCUCUGGUCACAUGCAGAGGAAGUCUGUCCCAGCCCAGGAGGAAACAGGAAGUUCUGACUGGCUGGUCCAGACACCCCCUUUUUAUGUCCAUGCUAGGAAUGUUGUAUUUGACUGCUCUGUGUUUCACAUCCCACAUACACUCCAACUUGAGAUCAGUUGAUCUGCAAGAUUGCCCAAUCCCAUAUAUGCCCGCUGGUCUGCUUUGAUCGGCAGAACUGGAAAUGUUACAGGUGCCACGUAACACCUGCUCCACGCUGGUAAGAAGUCAACCUUUUAGUGUGGCAGCACCUGCACUUUGGAACUCCCUGCUGAUUGACAUCAGGCAGAUGCCUUUGCUGUACUCUUUUUGGCACCCACUAAAAGCUUUUUUGAUGCUUUUGAAUUCUGGUGCUGGAGGGGACUCUUGAGAGUCCCAUGGACUGCAAGAAGAUCAAACCUCUCCAUUCUGAAGGAAAUCAGCCCUGAGUGCUCACUAGAAGGACAGAUCCUGAAGCUUAGGCUCCAAUACUUUGGCCACCUCAUGAGAAGAGAAGACUCCCUGGAAAAGACCCUGAUGUUGGGAAAGAUGGAGGGAGCAAGGAGAAGGGGACGACAGAGGACGAGAUGGUGGGACAGUGUUCUCGAAGGUACCAGCAUGAGUUUGACCAAACUUCAGGAGGCAGUGGAAGACAGGAGUGCCUGGUUUGCUCUGGUCCAGGGGGUCACGAAGAGUCGGACACGACUAAACAACUAAACAACAACAACAACAAAAAGCUUGGGGGGGGUUAGAUGCUUAGAAAGCUGGUACAAGUUUAAAUCCGUUUUUAGCCUAUUGUUGUUUAAACUUUUAGAAAGUUUUCUGUGAGCUUCGCUCAGGACAUCUCCGCAUCAAAAGUUGGUGCUGAUUCUCAAUGGCCUUCUGCAUUGCUUCCUGUAUUCCUUGCAUGGAAUUUUAUUGCAUUGCAACCUGAAGUCUGUGGGAUGCAAAUUGCCGUGGGAGGAAAUGUGAUGUAAGGGACACAAGAAGCAGCAGACACAGGAUUAAAACCGUGCAGCACAGUUGAUUACAGUUGCCACUGCAGGGUGAAAAAUCAUUUGGUGGUUUGCUGAGACCCUCAGCGUUUUUCAAGUGGUCCAGUGGGGCCGGUUGGAUUGUGGAGCAUUGCUUGAAAGCCUCCUGCAAACAAACUUCCCAGUUCAAGGCACUGCUGGCUGAGAAACCACAGCCUUGCCAAACACUGCAUCUCUCUCAGCCCAUUCAAGUUUAGACCACCUUCCUGGCCGCAGCUCAGCGGCUGCCUUAGCUUUUUAAAGGAAAGGGAAUCUGCUUCCUUUUGAGCAGGGAUCAAGAGAAGCAAGCGAUAAAAAGCAAAUUCUAGUUCCUCAUACGGUCUUCCGCACGUUCUCUCGGUUCCUUUGGUGAAAUCAGUCAUCAUCGGGGCUGAAACGUACCUUAGGAUGAAAUCUGUAGGUAUUUAUUUCUGCAGGGGAAGAGGCGAGACAGGGAGGGGCGUUUGAAAUAAUGGGGAAGAUGUGGGAGGAUAAGAUAGAGAUGAGUGUUUCUAAAAGUCACACACACCCUUGUAAAAUAUAGCGGGGGGGGGGAGGUGUUUCUGAAUGUUGGGGAUGAUGUUAAGAGUCUUAAGACAUGAGGUAAGUAUUUGCAAACAGAGGUAAGUUAAGGCUCAGGUAUCCUUGAGGAAUACGGAGCUCUCCUUGGACUUGGCAGUUGUGAGGAUGUUUCCUAAUUCAGGUGGAUAUGCAAGAUGGGGAUUUAUUUUGGAGGCACUGGGAAGGGGGGAAUGGCAUAGAGACCCUCCAGGUAUCUUUUUUAUUGUGCAUUCAUGGUGGUUUCAUAAAAUCAUAGAAUUGGGUUCCCCAGGGGUCAUCUAGUCCAACCCCCUGCAAUACAGGAAUCCCAUACCAAGAUCUCAUACCUUUUUCUACCACAAAUGCCAUGUUCCGUUUCUUUGUUCUGCUUUGGUUGUGCCAGAACACACAAGUAAAACAGUCAGAGCCGUUUGAAACUGGAACAGACGCCCUCAUUGUGGGAAUGUUCAGGGAUGCAGGAGAGGAUUUAUUGUUCGAUUAUAGCCUUUCCAACGAGUGUUAACAAGUUCACAAUUUAGCAGAGUAACAUUCCCCUUUUUAAGCUCACAGCAGAUGCAUUUGCUCAGGCUCGCUAAAACCUCUAUAAUAACUGUCUGGUAUUUUCCCCUUAUUCCCUCAUAAAAGAUAAGACACGACACAGUCUUCUAUAAAAGUAUAAAAAGAGUUUACUCACUCACAUUCUGUUCACAAUCAGAUCCCAGAAGGCAGACUUAGCUUAGAAAAGUAACAUACACCUGGAAACUAUCUCAUAAGGAGACAGUCCCUUUGUCCUCUCUUGGCUGGAAGUCAAGAAAGCAUCUUCGACUAAGCAGAUGUUGCUUAUUUGACUCAUGUAGUCAAAAAGAGAGCGAGAUGGCGGCCAGUCCUAUGAUUUUGUUACCUGCACAGGUGAGGCCACGCCCACCUCUAGUCACAUGCAGAGGAAGUCUCUCCCAGCCCAGAAGGAAACAGGAAGUUGACCUGCUGGCUGGACAAACAUUCCUCCCCAUGUGUAAACAUGUUCGCUCUAGGAAUGUUGUACUUGACAGCUCUUGUGUUACACACCCCACACUCAUAAGGUCAGUCCUUCCUUGGAGGUUUCUAAGCAGAGGUUGGACGGCCAUCUGUCCUGUAUGCUUUAGCUGAGAUUCCUGCACAGCAGGGGGUUGGACUAGAUGACCCUCGGGGUUCCCUUCAAACUCUGCUAUUCUGUGAUUCUCAGUGCCCCUCCAGAUGGCAAUCAUGCAGUGAUCCCUGGAGGAGCCUUGCAGAACUGACAAAGCAGAAGGGUGUGUGGAUGGUUCAGGGCAAAACCCAAUGCCUAUGCGCUGCUGUUGCAUCAGUUCCAUGUUGCAUGUUUUAUGUUGCAUCAGUUGCACUUGCAAAAAAACAGCAUCACACAUGCCUGAAGGGACCCCUAGUGAGAAACCAGAUUAGCCCAGGGAACGGAGAAUUCACUUGCAAUGUUAGCAGGGCCAGCGGCUAAUCUACCUGCUUCCCCCCCUUACAGAUAUCACUCACCCCAUUCCUGACUUGACCGGAUUCAUCACCGAAGGGCAGAUUUAUGUGGACAGGCAGCUCCACAAUAGACAGGUAGGUUUACCUGGGGCUUCCCUUUCCCCUUUGAUCCUCAUCUCUGCCCGUGGUUCCAUCCUUGCAAAGGAAAAGGAAGUGGACAUAUUGGGGAUGCUUCCUCCACUGAGUUGGCUGCUGUAGAAAGGACACAUCCUUGGAAAGAGGUUGACAUUGUUGAUGCUCAUGCCAUAUGGUGGUAACAAAAAUUUGUGGUAGGGAAAGGCUUGUGGGAGAUGGCUUGAAGGUGCAGACCCAGAAUAUGCCCCUAAUCCUUCUCAGUUAUAGAGUCCAUUCAAGUAAGGAGAAGGAGAAGGUUCUCUGUGCUCUUGACUAGUCUAGGGGUGAGACUGUAACUGGGCUGCUGUGGGGGCUUGAACUUUUCAAACUUUGGUCUGGACUACUUCUUGCUGACGCGGGUAGCGCUGUGGGUUAAACCACAGAGCCUAGGACUUGCCGAUCAGAAGGUCGGCGGUUUGAAUCCCCAUGACGGGGUGAGCUCCCGUUGCUCGGUCCGUGCUCCUGCCAACCUAGCAGUUCGAAAGCACCUCAAAGUGCAAGUAGAUAAAUAGGUACCGCUCUGGCAGGAAGGUAAAUGGCGUUUCCGUGCGCUGCUCUGGUUCGCCAGAAGCGGUUUAGUCAUCCUGGCCACAUGACCCGGAAGCUGUACGCCGGCUCCCUCGGCCAAGAAAGCGAGAUGAGCGCUGCAACCCCAAAGUCGGUCACGACUGGACCUAAUGGUCAGGGGUCCCUUUACCUUUACCUUUACUUCUUGCUGAGGGGCUCAGUGUGGUAGAAGACUGGAUAGGUGAGUGGGCAAUGUAACUUGGCCUCUCAAUCCUAUAAGCCUUCAGGUAAUCUUCAAGGAUGGGCAGUCGGAUUGGGUAGACAAUACAAGGAUAUUAAGGCUUUUCAGGACUACAAUUUUUUCUCAAGCCUUCCAAGUCUUUUUCUUGAGUAUGUGGAUAAAUGUGGCUAUAAAGUAAGUCCUUUCCUUUGAAGUGAACAUAUUGAACAUAGGGAAUUGCUUCCCCUGCUAAGGAGUCACUAAUAAUAAUAAUAAUAAUAAUAAUAAUAAUAAUAAUAAUAAUUUAUUAUUUAUACCCCGCCCAUCUGGCUGGCUUUCCCCAGCCACUCUAGGAAACUCCCUGCGAGUUUCUGGGAACUGCUCUGAGACCUCCAGGUAUAGGGCGGUAUAAAGUUUCAGUUAAUAAUAAUAAUAAUAAUAAUAAUAAUAAUAAUAAUGUCUUCCUAAAGAACUUUUUCUCCUGCUGUUUCAGCUAAGGGCUCUUCCACACCUCAGAUUAAUGUGGAUUUGGGACCCUAUGUGGAUUUUGAACCCUCAGCCCCUGCGUUGUUCACCUCCUGCUUUCCCACGCUGUCUCCUCCCUGAAUCCAGAAAACCCCUGUCCUCUUAAAUUCUGUUUCUUAAAAAAAUAUAUUAAAAAAUCAUUUUUAGUUUUCCAUUUUACAACAAAUACAUGGUUACUGAAAUCAUCUCACUAUCCACGACUUCCCUUCCACACUUUCUGUGUUUCGUUAAUAUUUCCCCUGUUCAACUGCAUAUGCAAAAUGCUCCUUUACAAUUUUAUUUUCACCUUGUUUCAUUUUCUUAAACUUUCUCUGCUCUGGUUAUUCUAGUCCUCCUAGCAUUUUAUGAUGUUUACAGGAAUUAUUCAUGUAUUCCACUUCCCGUUCUUUCUUAAAAAUCUCCUUCUCUUGGUCUCGAACUCUGCUUGUUACACAGCCAGUUCAACAUAUUCCCACAAUUUCAUCGGCCUUUCCUCUUUUAUCAGAAUUACUGCUUCCUUCCAUAAAUUCCGAACAAGAGAGUUACAUUGAUUGUCGGCAAGAUUCCCUGCGAGCCAGUGGUGGUACAGUGAGGUUUUGCCCCCUCCCCUAACAAAAACCCUAGCUAAGCCCAUGGUGUCAGACUAGGAUCUGGGUUCAAAUCCACAGUCAGCCAGAAAAGGUCACCGGGUGUGACUUUGGGCUGGUUGCUGCCCCUCAGCCUAACCUACCUCACAGGAACAAAAUAAAAAGCACCUUAGAGACCAACUAAGUUUGUUCUUGGUAUGAGCUUUCAUGUGCAUGCGCACUUCUUCAGAUACACUGAAACAGAAGUCACCAGACCCUUAUAUAUAGUGGGAGGGUGGGGAGGGGUAUUACUUAGAAGGGUGGUGGGAAUGGGUGGUUGCUUGAUAGGUGUGGUAAACCUGUUGACGACUGUUAACUACAAUUGGUCUUACAGGGAAAAGCAAGGGGUGAGAUGGCUAAAAAUCACUUUAUCAUGUUUAAUGAGAUAAGAAUCCAUUAUCUCUAUUCAGACCAGGUCUCUCCAUGGUUUUAAGUUUGGUAAUAAGUUGCAAUUCAGCAACUUCUCUUUCCAGUCUAUUUCUGAAAUUCUUUUGUAAUAAGACAGCUGCUUUGAGAUCUUGUAUUGAAUGUCCUGGGAAAUUGAAGUGUUUUCCUACUGGUUUCUCCGCCUUGUGAUUCCUGAUGUGAGAUUUAUGUCCAUUUAUCCUUUGCCGUGGGACACGGGUGGCGCUGUGGGUUAAACCACAGAGCCUAGGACUUGCUGAUCAGAAGGUCGGCGGUUCAAAUCCCCGCGACAGGGUGAGCUCCCGUUGCUCGGUCCCUGCUCCUGCCAACCUAGCAGUUCGAAAGCACGUCAAAGUGCAAGUAGAUAAAUAGGUACUGCUCCGGCGGGAAGGUAAACGGCGUUUCCGUGUGCUGCUCUGGUUCGCCAGAAGCGACUUAGUCAUGCUGGCCACAUGACCCGGAAGCUGUACGCCAGCUCCCUCGGCCAGUAAAGCGAGAUGAGCGCUGCAACCCCAGAGUCGGCCACGACUGGACCUAAUUGUCAGGGGUCCCUUUACUUUUACCUAUCCUUUGGCAUAGGGUUUGGCCAGUUUGUCCAAUAUAGAGAGCUGAAGGGCACUGUUGGCAUUUGAUGUUGUUGGGGCCAGUAAUGGUGUUGUCCAGGUGUAUGUGGCCGCAAAGUUGGCCUACCUCAUAGGGUUGUGAUGGAGAUCAGGGCUGUCUUAAGCAUAUGUGGCACCGGGGUGCAAAGAUCCGCCCGGCGCCCCCCCACCAGGUUGCCCAGUCCUAGGCGUGCAGGAGGGCGGAGCCAGCUGGCCACCUCAGCAUCUUGCUGGCUCAGUCUCCCCCAAACUUGCAGCACAGAGCCACCCGCAGCAGAAGAGCAAACUGCGGCGCUUGGACCCACAGGCGGGCUCUUCCUCGGACUCAACUCUCGGGCCCCAGACUCUCGACCUGGUGUCCCUGAGAGCCUGGCGCCCGGGUGCCCCGCACCCCUCACACCUAUGGGUAAGAUGGCCCUGGUGGGGAUUAAUCAGGAGGAGGACCACAUACACCAGUUUGAACCCCUGGCAGCAAAGGUGGGGCAUAAAUGCAAAUAGAUAACUCCCAGAUUUAAGGAGGAGAAUGUGUGGGGCAGCAGUAGCUGGAGAGAUACGCCGCACAGGCAAGGAGGAAUUCAAGGAAGCACAGGGUGUCCUGGGAUCUACCUUAAGCCAAGAAAUGGGUGGGCCCUUAGGCUAAACACACACACAGAGUGUAUUUCCAAAAACCAGAGAUGCCCGUCUGCUUUCUCUUGCCGCAGAUCUACCCUCCCAUCAAUGUCCUCCCGUCCCUCUCCCGUCUGAUGAAGUCAGCCAUCGGGGAAGGCAUGACCAGGAAGGACCACGGAGACGUCUCCAAUCAACUGGUGAGUGUUUGAGCCUCUGUGGAAAAGGGGGGUGGGGGUGGGGAGCGCAUAGCCAUCGAGAGAACGGAGCGGCAGAUAUUGUUGCACGCCACCCGAGGUUCCAGGCGCUUAACUGGAGUCCGUGUUUUCUUUCGGAAAUUAGGCUGUUGUAAACAAAAAUCUGCCCUUAUUCCCUUAUGGGGGACACAAGAGCCCUUCUGGAGUCCUUUGUAGGUUCUCCAUCGGUUGGAGAAAAUAACAGAGGCCAACCAUAGAAUAUUGAGAAGCAAAGCAGCUCGUAAGCCUGAUCUUUAUUGAUCUGUUGCAAGAGGGUGCUUCCCUCACACACAGGAAAGGAGGAGGACCCAGAACCCAGGUGUGCCCGCCCUUAUAUAGACAUUUUAAAUUGCCCACCCAGGAGUCCAAGACCACCCCCAGAAACAGCAUACAUACAUCACAGAAGGGGUGUAGCUCAAGACCACCCCCAGAUACAUCAUACCUACAUCACAGAAAGGGGUGGUCUACAACAGAAAUCUGAGUGUGUUGUUUACCUCCUGUCUGGCAGGUCACCUGUUAAUGCUUACUCGACUGGAUACCCUGGGGAGCCUGGCCAGUCUUUUGUAAUGAUAAAUACUUAGUUCCUGAGCCAGGUCACAGGCUCACCCUAUUCAUACACAGACAUACCCUUAAGACAGGAUUUGUGAAGGAGGAGACAAUGGGGAGGCUUUUCCAUUUUCCUUUGACUUUGCAGAGAUGGUCAGUUUGGGAGUCAAAAUGGUUUCAGGACUGUUUUCUUGUGCUGCUUCAGACAUGUGGGUUAUAUAUUUAUGUACGUGUUUGCUUGGUACAUUUAUGAACUUUUAUUAUAUAUUUAAGACCUUAAAAGUCUUAUCACAAGGCACUUGUUAUGUACUGAGUUGAAUAGGAUCCAAACUGCAGCAGUCUGAUUGGUCCUAGAACAAUAGGCUCCCAAAUGCAGCAGUCUGAUUGGUCCUAGAACAAUAGGAUUCAGAAUGCAGCAGUCUGAUAGGUCCUAGAACAAUGCAGCAGUAUGAUUGGUCGGCAGGAGCCACCCAAUCCAGCUCCAGAUAGAAGUGAAUCCACAACCUGAUUGGCUUACAGUAGAAUUCUGGAAUUAGCCAAUCAUGUGCAGCCCAUUGUGUAAAUAAUGUAUAUAAAGCAGAUACUUUGAGGGGACAUUCACUCAUUCCUCCUCACCACUAUGAGCUGAAUAAAGAGCAUGAAAUCACUUUGCGACUCUGAGUAUAUUUCAGCACUGCUGUGGAGUCUUUAUGAUAUACAUAUAUCCAUAUCCAUAGUUAUGUAUAUAUACAACCUGAUGGAGGGGCUCACAUCAUUGACACCCCCAAAUAGUCUUGCUUUUCCCAUCGCUGCAGCCCAGGAUUCAAAACAGGCUCCAAAACUUCUGAGUUUUUCCUCCAGCUUGCUGACUUUUAUAGACAGGAACCUUUCUGCAGAAACCCAAUCCUAAACUAACUCUGAAACUCUGACCUAAUCGAACUCUGAGCUGAAGGAAAGGUCCGUCUCCCUGGUGAUAUUCCUAAUGGCUGGUGGUUCUCCUUAACAGUCCACCCCAGGUGAUCUCCUGAACACAGAAAUCCAGACUUGCUUGAUUUUAACAUGCUAAAUCCAGUGUCCAGCACCCAGGCAUUAGAGGGGGAGUCCAGGCACCCCAAAAUCUUGUAGCAAACCCCACAAAUAAGAACAUUGUGGCUAAAUGCACAAGAUGCCUUGAUGCAGAGGGUAGAUCUCGUGCAUCUACGAUGCCCAUGUUUUAAAAAAACCCCACACACCUUUAUAGCUAAGACUUCAGAGCUUCUUUUUGAGGGUGGUUCUGGGGUUUUCCUGGCUGCCUCGGGGUCAAGGCGCUUGUCUGGGGCAGGACCCUGACUCAUGCCCUCCCUGUGGUUUCCCGCUCAGUACGCCUGCUACGCCAUCGGCAAGGACGUGCAAGCCAUGAAGGCCGUGGUCGGGGAGGAAGCCCUGUCAGCUGACGACCUCCUCUUCUUGGAGUUUCUGCAGAAGUUCGAGAAGCAGUUCAUUGCACAAGGUAGGCGGGGGACGGAGGCGGUCAGAAAGUGUUGACCUGGGAGGGACGUUUGUCCUCCUCGCUCGGCACGGAGGCGGGAAGGAGAAGCGUGGCCUUGGAGCAGGGCGAGGGGAACUCAGGACAAAUGCAGCCCUCCAGGCAUCUCCAGCCAGGCCACACCCCUUCCCCAGGAUGAAGCCUGUGCUUCCCCUGCUUUGCAUCCUCCUUGAGAGUUUCUGCAGGGCUGGAAUGUGCCUCUGGACUUUGUUAAUGCCUCUUGCUUGUCUGGAUGGAGAAAGAAGAGCACUCUCUGUCUGUCUGUCUGUCUGUCUGUCUGUCUCUUUCUCUCUCUCUCUCGUGCGUUGGAAUCUAGACACAUAUAAAAAACGUUGUGAAAAUGCUUUUCUUAAAAAGCGUUUUGAAAAAUAUAUUGAAUUUGCCAUAAGCUCACCAUCACCAUCUAGUGUCACAUUUGUAAAGGGAAAGGUACCCCUGACCGUUAGGUCCAGUCGCAAACGACUCUGGGGUUGCGGCGCUCAUCUCGCUUUACUGGCUGAGGGAGCCGGCGUAUAGCUCAUGUGGCCAGCAUGACUAAGCCACUUCUGGCGAACCAGAGCAGUGCACGGAAACGCCGUUUACCUUCCUGCCAGAGCGGUACCUAUUUAUCUACUUACACUUUGAUGUGCUUUCGAACUGCUAGGUUGACAGGAGCUGGGACAGAGCAACGGGAGCUCACCCCGUCGCGGGGAUUCAAACCACUGACCUUCUGAUCGGCAAGCCCUAGGCUCUGUGGUUUAACCCACAGCACCACCUGCAUCCCUGUCACAUUUGUAUAACACGCUUAAAACACACUUAAAACGUUAUAUUUGCAGCUGUAUAGCUGAGUCCCAGGUGUUUAAACUACCUUACUGUGCAAAAAGUAGCAUGAUUGAUUGAUUGAUUGAUUGAUUCCCCAGCCACUCUGGGUGGCUUUGAACAGAACAUUAAAAACAGAAUAGAACUUCAAACAUUAAAAACUUCCCUAAACAUCUGUUGCUCCUCCCACUUUUUUCUCUGGUCCCGGCCACCACUGGCAUGCAGCCCCUGUGAGGCUACUCUGAUGGAAAUGUGGCUUAUCUGGACCUUAUGGGAUGAUUGAGAGGACAGGUCAUAACCAGGCCACGUACAUCCUGUACAGUAAAUGCACCUGGAGCCCUUCUCUGCCUCACUCGGAGGCAACGGCAAGGUCUUAAAUGUGUAGCGUUGCCUCUAAACCAUCACCUUUUUCUUUUCCUUCUUUUGAAUGUGCAAUAUUAACUGUCUUGGACUGGCUGGAUGCAGAGGAACAGUAGGAGGCCCCAGCUGGGGAACCCCGGAUGAAGCCCCCCGAGGGGUCCCAUUGAGGCCCCCAUCCUUUGUGUGUGCACGCAAAUGCACAUCGGUUUGCGUGCCAAACUGGGUCUUUGACCCGGGUGAAAUAAAGCCUAGUUUCGCCCCUGCCCAAGGGAAGAAGGCUCAGAGCCAGGGGAGUGGUGAUGGGACGACGAUGAGUGGUCAGAGGGAGGAGACUGGGAAGAGGGGAGUGUCGGAAGAUGAAGAGGUAACAGGGCUCCAUGAGGGGGGAGAGUCGGUGGCAGCGUCGGUCCAGACUCAGAGGCAGAAGAUGAAGCAGGAGAGGAGGGAGACCAAGAGGCAGAGAGGAGUCUGGCUGAGGAAGACUCACGGGUGUCUCCCCCUCCUGCUGAGACCAGCUCCCAUCCCUGCUGGUCUCCCAGAACCAGGAGAGGCAUGAAAAGGGCGGAGGAGAGGUUAGCUGCAGGCAGGCACAGUCUCUGAUUGCCUGGGGGAAACCCUGGAGAGAAGGGGACUUAGAUGACUGUGGGGAGUCAGGAACCUUUAGUCUCAUGGGGGCAAGACCUGCUGGAGAUGAGGUGCUGUGCUCAUUAGGCCUGACUCUCCUGUGCUUUUGCUCAUCAAGAGUUAAUUCCAGCUUUCUUGCUGGCGAUUUACCGCUGGCUCGCUCCUGUCCUUAACCCACCGACGAUGUUGGUUUUUUCCCAGGCGCCUACGAAAACAGGACCGUAUUUGAGUCGCUCGACAUCGGCUGGCAGCUGCUGCGGAUCUUCCCCAAAGAGCUGCUGAAACGGAUCCCGGAGAAUAUCCUGGCAGAGUACUACCCCCGGGAGGCCAGAGGGGCCGAUGGGUCCUCCAACACGGCCCUCUGAGCGUCAGGGCUUGUCCACGGUGGGGCGCAAUGUUGCUCUAAACCCACUUAACUGACUUGGCGGCGGGUGAGGUGGCUGGUCCAAGGCUUUGGGGACAUUCACACAUCACCUCCAGAAAGUGGAAUAUGCCUUUUUAUUGCCGUGAAAUAAUCAGUUGUCAUUGCUGUCCGGAUUCAAAAUAAAAGUGUCUACCCAAA